AUGAACGAUAACACGGGGGAUAACACAAAGGUAAAAAAGAAACAUAAAUGGAGACGUCUUUAGCCAUAGUCCAGUGAACAGUGACAUGAUGUGUAUAUAUCACAAGCUAACAAAGACCCCCAGGGGCACUGCUAGCUAACCUACAGCACACCGUGACCCUAACACCUGGACAGCCUUCACUCUUAAACCUCAUCUAUGAAAGAUAAUUGUCUACUUAUUAGGACAAUAUCCAGCCCCGUCCAUGAUUAAUUUAUAGCGUUCCCCAGACAGUGCGUGAAGUCUCAAUUUACUAUUUAUUAACACACUAGUUUUCAUGGAGUGUAUCAGAAUAUUGAAUCUUUUUUUAAUCAUUUUUUUGUAAGUACUGUAUAGUGUUACCAGACUUAGCCCAGUGUCAUGGACAUUGAUGGGUAGUACAUGAAAGGUCUUACUCUGUAGCGUAUAGCAUUCACAUGCUGCAGGGAAGAAACAAGUUAACUAAUCAUGUUGAUUGAUUUGGGAUUUUUCCUUUUGGGGUGAUUUUAUCUGCUUCCUACUCCAGGACCUCACUAUCAACGUUCUACCCAUCAGCAUGCGGAAAGCAAUCUAUGUCCUGGAUAACAUGGUAGGAAUGGCAGUCCUUAUUGGGUAAAAUGUUUCUGUUGGUUUGUUUGCUAUACCUAUUGUACACCGCUGUGGAAUAUGUUGGAGAACUAGCUAGUCCAACUUGAGUUAUGCAGGUUUACGCAAAAUAGUAAUAUUUAUUUUUGCACUAUAGAAAUUUUAUCAUAUUUGGUCUCACCACAAACUUUCUAAGGGUUCCUGACACAUGCCUCUCAACUGCCCCGAUUUUGGCCGGACAGUCACGAUUUUCUGGUCCUGUCCGGCCAUCCCACCUUCCUUUUGGGGACACCAGGAAAUUGUUCUCAACAAUCAUAGCACAAGCUCAUCAUAAGACUUGCUUGUGCUAUUUCCUGUGCACUAAACCCUGCAAACAGCACUAUAACAGGGCACCCUGCAUGACCUGCCCUUAGUGGACUGGCCUGAGUGGUGGACAGGCAGCCUGGUGUGUGUUCACACCAAGUGGAACUUCUAUUAACUCGGACAGUCAUGCCCCUUUCUAGAUGGGUCUGCCCUUUAAGGGUGGAGCUAGCAACGAGAUUCCACCACUGUCUUUCCUUUAAAUCCCACCAGCGUCCCAAUUUUCAGGACGCUGGAGUUGGGAGGUAUGCAACAGUCCCAAUUUCGGAUCCUGUCCAGCUGUCCAAAUUUAGUUCCCAGGAAACAUGCAUCUGAGGACACCAGGGAACUGUGCUUGGGCAGCACAGCAUGAGCGCAUCAUUAGACACGCUAAUGAUGUGCAGCGGGCACUUGGACCAUGCAGAGCGCUCUCUGCAUGAUACUGGAAGCAGAGGUCACUGGCUACAUCCCCUGGAAGGCUUACCCACCUGUUACGUCACUGGCCACAUCCCCUGGAAGGCUUACCCACCUGUUACGAUUACAUAACUACCAAUGUUGACACCAUGGUUUUCACUAAGGAAUGAAUUGUUGGGAGUUCAAAAUCAAAUGGCAAAAUAGAGAAAUUCUCCAACUUGGUUGUAGUCACAGCUUGGCUAUCUUAACUUCUGUCCUGCCAGUUGGAUUUUAACUCACAAAAUAAAAAAAUAAAAUAAAUAUAUAUAUAAAACAUACAAAAUACACGAUCCAGCGCACUGAAUAGUAUUUUUUGUUUUGUUUUUUUAAAAACACCUGACUAUGGUAACAAUAAUGGGGGUUUAGUUACAGUAUAUGAUCAUACAUUGCAUAAACCUGCCACAAUAAAAAUGUGUUCAGAAACUGCAAUGUUUACAAUGCAGGAUUAAAGCUAAUCUCUCACUUUUCAGAAUUUCAUAAAGAUAUAUUUGUUAUGAAAAACUAACCAAGACUGUGUUGAGUUACCAUAAGACAUAGCAGAGACUACUUUGUCUCAUGGUAGACAAAAGCGGGCAACCCCAGCUCCCGUAUUGAGCCCACCCAAGCUCCCGUAUUGAGCCCCCAGUUCUAUUGAAGGCCCCCAGCUCCGUGUGGGGAGCCCACCAGCUCCCGUGGGCCCAGCUCCCGUGUUGAGCCACCAGCUCCCGUGAGCCCCCAGUUCCCAUAUUGAACCCCAGCUCCGUGUUGAGCCACCGGCUCCCAGGCCCCAGCUCCGGCAUUAUUGAGCCCCAGCUCCCGUAUUGAGCCCCCAGCUCCCGUGUUGAGGCCCACCCCAGCUCCCGUAUUGAGCCCACCCCAGCUCCGUGUUGAGCCACCCCAGCUCCGUGUUGAGCCCCAGCUCCGUGUUGAGCCACCCCAGCUCCGUAUUGAGCCCACCCCAGCUUUCGAUGUUGAGCCCCCCAGCUCCGUCGGCCCCAGCUCCCGUGUUGAGCCCCAGCUCCCGUGUUGAGUCCCCCCCAGCUCCGGUAUUGAGCCCCUCAGCUCCCGAUAUUGAGCCUCAGCUCCGUAUUGAGCCCACCCCGCUCCGUGUUGAGCCCCCAGCUCCGUGUUGAGCCCCCAGCUCCGUGUUGAGCCCCAGCUCCGUGUUGGUCCCCCAACUCCCGUAUUGAGCCUCAGCUCCGUAUUGAGCCUCCAGCUCCGUAUUGAGCCUCCAGCUCCGGUGUUGAGUCCCCCAGUUCCCAUAUUGAGCCCCCAGUUCCCAUAUUGAGCCCCAGUUCCCAUAAUUGGGCCCCAGUUCCCAUAUUGAGCCCCAGUUCCAUGUGAGCCUCCCAGUUCCCAUAUUGAGCCCCCGGUUCCCCACGUGAGCCCCAGUUCCGUCAGUUCUCAUCAUCCAGUUCCCAUGUUGGGCCCCCAGCUCCCGUAUUGAGCCCCCCCCGGUUUCCCAGUAUUGGUGGCUGAGCACAGCGCCCCCCGCUGGCGGCUCGCAGUUCCCGUUGGUGGGAGGGGGAGAAGUUGGGGCUCUCGGCGGCGCUCGCUGAUGACGUCAGGUGACGGCCGUCCUGCGCCAGUAGCGGGAUCCCGUGUGUCGCCCUCCUGCUCACCCCCGCCGCCAGCCCAGCGCUCCCACUCAGGUAAGCCGGGCCGCCGCCCACCGAGCGGGCACAGAGCGGACACAGAGCCCCGGGGAGGCAGCCGGGAACAUGGACAUGGCGACCGGGCCUUACUUGGCCCCCCUUCCCCCCGGUACUGGGCCUCCCUCCCCCCGGUACCGGGCCUUACUGGGCCUCCCUCCCCCCGGUACCGGGCCUUACUGGGCUUCCCUCCCCCCGGUACCGGGCCUUACUGGGCCUCCCUCCCCCCGGUACCGGGCCUUACUGGGCUUCCCUCCCCCCGGUACCGGGCCUUACUGGGCCUCCCUCCCCCCGGUACCGGGCCUUACUGGGCCUCCCUCCCCCCCCGGUACCGGGCCUCACCGGACCCCCUCCCUCCCCGGUACCGGGCCUUACUGGGCCCCCAACCCUCCCUCCGGUUCCGGGCCUUACUGGCCCCCUCCCCCCGGUACUGGGCCUCACUGGGUCCCCCCACACACACACCGCUUCCUGCAUCCCUGGGGGGGUACACUCAGUAAUAUCCUCAUUAUUGGGUCACUAACCAGGACUGAUCUGAGAGUCACCAGAGACAGCGGAACAAUCUCUAUAUACAGACACCGAAUACACGGCGCAGACCCCUGCAUCAUACACACACUGAAAUCAUCAUACAAACAUGUCAUGCAGACACUGAAUACAGUUAGUUACCUCUGAUAGUACUGAAUGCAGGGAUCAACUCCAUGAAUGCAGGGACACCUUCAUCAACCCAGGUACUGAAUGCAGUAACCUCCCCAUGAGCCUAAAUACUGAUUGCAUGGAUAAAUUUAUCAGCCCAGGUGCCGAAUGCGGGGAUCGCCUCCCUCAGCCCAGGCGCCGAAUGCGGGGAUCGCCUCCCUCAGCCCAGGCGCCGAAUGCGGGGAUCGCCUCCCUCAGCCCAGGCGCCGAAUGCGGCGAUCGCCUCCCUCAGCCCAGGCGCCGAAUGCGGGGAACGCCUCCCUCAGCCCAGGCGCCGAAUGCGGGGAUCGCCUCCCUCAGCCCAGGCGCCGAAUGCGGGGAUCGCCUCCCUCAGCCCAGGCGCCGAAUGCGGGGAUCGCCUCCCUCAGCCCAGGCGCCGAAUGCGGGGAUCGCCUCCCUCAGCCCAGGCGCCGAAUGCGGGGAUCGCCUCCCUCAGCCCAGGCGCCGAAUGCGGCGAUCGCCACCCUCAGCCCAGGCGCCGAAUGCGGCGAUCGCCACCCUCAGCCCAGGCGCCGAAUGCGGCGAUCGCCUCCCUCAGCCCAGGCGCCGAAUGCGGCGAUCGCCACCCUCAGCCCAGGCGCCGAAUGCGGCGAUCGCCUCCCUCAGCCCAGGCGCCGAAUGCGGCGAUCGCCUCCCUCAGCCCAGGCGCCGAAUGCGGCGAUCGCCUCCCUCAGCCCAGGCGCCGAAUGCGGCGAUCGCCUCCCUCAGCCCAGGCGCCGAAUGCGGGGAUCGCCUCCCUCAGCCCAGGCGCCGAUUGCGCGGAGGCCCCUAUGCCAUCAUCACCAUUAUAGUAAAUCUGUGGAGCCUCUGCCCCCUUCCUCAUGCCUAAAUACUUAAAGGACCACCAUAGGCACCCAGACCACUUCAGCUUAAUGAAGUGGUUUGGGUGCCAGGUCCAGCUAGGAUUGUUUUUUUUAUAAACAUAGCAGUUUCAGAGAAAAUGUUUAUAAAUAAAUGGGUUAAUCCAGCGCUAGAGGCGCUUGCUCUCCACAGAGCCUGGUGGGACCCUCAGGCACUAUAGUGCCAGGAAAAAGAGUGUGUUUUCCUGGCACUAUAGUGGUCCUUUAAUGACCGGCCAACUGGUCCCUUGUGCUGAGUUACAUGUCUCCCUUUGUACUGAACUGCUGGCGUCCUGUCGUUCGGGUAGAAUAUUAAAUUGGGUUAUUCACCUAAGUUUAAUUCGGUGUGAUCUACAGUUUGUCUUUCUGUGUGUAUGCACUUGAAACGUUGCACAUGUGCACAAAUGGGCUCAUGGCCCCUUUUCUGAGCCAUACCUCUUGAGGGGACAACCAUGACCGAUGCAUCAAACGCUUUUGACUGAUGGAUUGUGGGUAAAUUACCUUGACAACAGAAACAGAACCUUGCUUAUGUCUGAAGAUCACAAUACAUGUAAUGAAAAUAUAGUCCAUACUUAUUUAAAGAAAAUCUAGUUAAAGCUCAAAAUAAAAUUAAAUCGACUAAAUACAGGAACAAAAAAGAUUAAUGGCGGGGGACAACACCUAAAAAAUAAAAAUAAAAAAGCAGUGAAUUUACAUUGUUGCUUUAAGUUGAUAGGAAACCAUGCACUUUUUCUUCCCAAAGCUGUACUAAUGGACAAACAAGUAAUGAUCUAUAUCUGCCCACUUCAAAUACUUGUAGAUCAUAAGCUUGUUUGAGCAGGGCCUUCCUUACUUCUAAUAUCCCCUUUCUGCAAUUGUAAAGCACUGCAGAAUAUGUUGUUACUAUGUAAAUGCUAAUAAUAAUAAUAAUAAUUUACACUUUAGGGCACAGUCUGACUUCGAAUUGGGUAGUUAAUUUGGAAAUCGAUGAGAGCAUGAUUUAUUUCUGAAGAAGAUACAGUUCGGCUCACACACAUUGACCUGCACUGUGAAAGUGAUGAUCUUUGAGACUAAUGUUCCAAACAGUUAGGCAGACCAACUGCUUUUUGUAAGCAAGACAUGCGACAAUACGGAUCGAUAAAACCGGUGUGGUGUCCUGAAACCUGCUCCUUGGUCAUCCACUGAGCAUAGAAUGCUGUCCAUGUGUUGGUCCAGAGGUGAGCUAUCUCAAACAUAUCUCAUUGGGACUCAACUUGCUUAGCCUCUGCUCUCUGAAGUAAAGAAUUGGUAAAUGCCAAAGGUGUUGUACCUAAGGUACAACACGCCGAGUCAUGUUCAAAAUAUUUCAACCUGUUUCUCUUAUAACUAGAGGCGUUAUAUUUUAGAGAAAUAGGUGAUGCAUGCUAAACUUGAAAUCAAAGCUCUAUUGCCGUUCUCAACAUAAUACAAUUUGAGAUGAAAUCCUGAUUAUUGAUCAGAAAAUAUAAAGUUAUUUACUGAAGCUUAAAUUGUCAUGAAUUCAAAUAAAAUUUCCCACUUUAGGCCAAGGCUGAAUUAAGACCCUGCAUUUAGUACUUGGGGUAGUCACAGGGUCCUUGCAUCCAGUCCUUAAAUUCUCUUAUUAUGUCUCUUUUGGCCUAAAUAUAUGAAAUAAUUUAUAAGUCCUGAUAAAGCUGAUCUCUGUUAAAAAUAAUUAUGUCCUGGCACAUUUCAUCUAUAUAUUAUGAUAGUCACAUGGCUAGCAAUUGAAUUACUUUAAGUGCUCUUGUUGGGGUACAUUAAGUUAAGGUGUACCUGCCAUGGAUACACUGACAUUGAAGGGGCCGUAGCAGAGGUAUUAGUUGAAUAUUUUGUUUAUGAUGAGCUAUUAUAUUCAUUUCUUGCAAAGCUGUUAUCUGUUAAAGCGGGAGAGUUUUAUUUUUAACCUUUCUUUCCUUCACCACGUUACUUAGUGGUAACUAAUAAUAAUAAAGUACUUAACCAGGAAAGGUACAUUCAGAUUACUGGUUUUCAAGUACGUCCUGAUUGCUGGUGCUAAUGGUAGAUAUGUUCCAAGCAGCCCAGGCCCAAUCCCAGGUAUAAUGGAUGGCAUCCCUUAAUGUUUAACAACUGCACAUUGUGCUUUGUGUAAUAUUUUGCAUUUCGUUCGAGAGCAGGGCGGCCACCUUGGAACUGGCAGAAGUUGUUUUCAGGUUACAUAGCUGAAAAGAGACUUGCGUCCAUCAAGUUCAGCCUUCCUCACAUUUGAUUUUUGCUGUUGAUCAAAAAGAAGGCAAAAAAAACCAGUUUGUAGCACUUUCAAUUUUGCAACCAGCUAGGAGAAAAAUUCCUUCUUGACCCCAAAAUGGCAGUCAGAUUAAAUCGAUAAAUAUGAUGAGGGUUUUUUACAGCACAACAUAUAGACCACAGCUAUACCUACCAUAUUUUGUGAUGAGGGUUACAUAAAAAAAACAAAAUCGAACAUAUAUUGCUUUUGCGGUGCUUCUUCAGUCAUAUAUUUUUGAGCUUGACUUGUUAGUUUUUUUUUGUUUGUUUUUUUUUUUUGCAUUAUGUGCAUGAGUGUGUUGUAUUUUUUUUAUAAUUUUCCUGUUAUUGAGUGAUCUAAAUAAUGCAGAUGAUUCACAGCUUCUGUUUUGGAACUCGUCUCAUUCUUUGUAUUUAAAUUCUUGCAGGUUACAGAUGGCUACACCAGAGAGUCCUGAACAGGACCCUCUGUCUCCAGAUGAAGUACAACCGCCACUUACAGAUGAAGAUGAUUUUGUAAGAGACAACUCUUCCGAUCCCGAGGUGGAUACAAGCGAUGAGAUCGAACCAGCCAUAAGGGAGGAGAGGGAUAAAAAAAAGAUUAGUUCCCUGAUCACCAACAAACAGUCAGACAGCAAUGAUAAUGCAAAGUGGAUGCAUUCUUCUUCUUUCCUCAAUAAGCAAUCAGAUGAGGAUGUAAAAGAGAUCCGUUCACCUGUAGGUUAUAAACAUUCAGAUGAUGAUGAUCUUAAGGAGAUACAUUCUUCUAAGCUUGACAAACAUUUAGAUGACCAUCUCAAGGAAAUCCCGUCACUUAAACUUGGUAAACAUUCAAAUGAGGAUCUUAAGGAGGCUCAUUCUCCUAACACUGAUAAACACUCUGAUGACGAACUAAAAAUGAGUUGUUCUCCCAAGCCUGACAAAUAUUCAAUUAAACCUAUGAAAGAGAAUAGUUCUCCAAAGCGUGAUAAACAUUCAGACGAAGAAGACCGCUUGAGUGAGACCAAGUCUCAGGACUCUGAUAAUGAGCGGGUCCUAGAAGAUCCUACCUCCCCCUCCCCCAAUCGUAAUGAAGACGAGGAGGAAAGGAUUACUGAACUUCAUGAUGAGGCUUCCUCUGCAAUACGGGAGUUGGAUGAGCAUGAACUAGACUAUGACGAAGAGGUCCCCGAAGAACCAACAGGACUUGCACAAGAGGAUGAAACGGAGAAAUUGGAAGCUGAUGAUGAAGAUGAAAAGGAGAAAGGAGACUCUUCUGCUGAUGAAAAGAAACCCGUUGUAAAAAAAGACCAAAAGGAUAGCGUUGAACCACCAAAAGAUAAAAAGGAAGAUGAUGAUGGUGAUAUGGAUGAAGGCGAAAUAGAUGUAAGUUUUAAUUACUGUUUGCAAUUAUCCUUUUAUAUAUCCUAAUAUUAUUUUGAUGGAUUUAAAUGCUUCUUAACCCCUUAAGGACACAUGACAUGUGUGACAUGUCAUGAUUCCCUUUUAUUCCAGAAGUUUGGUCCUUAAGGGGUUAAUAAAAAGAGAAAUGUUUUGGCUAAAAAAAUUAGAAAUUGUUCCCUGGACUUUCUUUCCGUGUGGAUGCCCUACCAUUUCCUUUUGGAAGUAGGAAACAAUGGUGGAUGCUUUCCUGCACCUUCAGUGCCUUUCAAUGUCCUUUAAACUAGACCUCUGGUGUGAUUGGUAGCUAAGCAGGAGAACAAGUAAAAAGUUUGUGAAGCACAUGACUUCUUCAUGUCUGCAGAUGCAUUGUGUCAAUGUCAACUAAUUAGCAUCAUGGAAUCUAUAGUCCAACAGCAUGGAAGACCAGGGUUGAACAUCUCUGAUCUAAUAGACCAGGGUUGAACAUCUCUGAUCUAAUAGACCAGGGUUGAACAUCUCUGAUCUAAUAGACCAGGGUUGAACAUCUCUGAUCUAAUAGACCAGGGUUGAACAUCUCUGAUCUAAUAGACCAGGGUUGAACAUCUCUGAUCUAAUAGACCAGCGUUGAACAUCUCUGAUCUAAUAGACCAGCUUUGAACAUCUCUGAUCUAAUAGACCAGGGUUGAACAUCUCUGAUCUAAUAGACCAGGGUUGAACAUCUCUGAUCUAAUAGACCAGGGUUGAACAUCUCUGAUCUAAUAGACCAGGGUUGAACAUCUCUGAUCUAAUAGACCAGGGUUGAACAUCUCUGAUCUAAUAUUAGAUGGAUGGUUGUUAUCACGUUUCAUAGGGUUAUGGGAGCUGUAGUCCAUAAAUAGCUGGACAGUCCUAUCGUUAACCUUAACAUUUUAUUUUUCACACAGAUGUCGGUCUAGUGUUACAUUUUACAGAGACAAUUUAAGCUCCAUAACGUCUACAACUCACUGUGGUAGCACUAUCAAAUACUAAUAAUAUUUUUUAAUACCGUUAAUGUAAAGUUCCACUUUAGUGAUAUCUGUUAAGAAGGCUGGACAUGACGAAUACAAUGGGCUGCAGUGGUUAUGCUGUUUAGCAUACUCCUUUAACCCCUUAAAGACACGUGACAUGUCAUGAUUCCAUUUUAUUCCGGAAGUUUGGUCCUUAAGGGGUUAAAGGAACACUGUAGUUUUAAGAAUAACAUGAAUAAUGUUUGUGUUCUUCUCCCUAUUUAGAUUCAGGGAGCCCCUAUAUGAUUAAAAAAAAAAAAGUGUUAUACUUUUUUUUUACUAGCAGAGACUCACACCGGACAACUGCUCUACUUCCUCUGAUGUCUUUCUGCAGACAGUCUAUUCUUCAUCUUCUCAUCCAAUCCAAUGCUUCCCAUAGAAGCAUUGGGGGCGAGAUACACAUGCACGGCGAGUGCUGUUGCCCUCCAAGGAAAUGCUUCUUAGAGUGAAGCAUUGAAUCCAGUAAUUCUCUAUGAUAAACACUUGAGGGCGUUCAGCAUCUUUAUGCAAUGUGUGAGGAAUUCAAACAUCACAUAAUGUUAUGUAUUGUAGCAACAGAAGCACCCUCUAGUGGCUCUCAUGAAUAUAGACACUGUACAUAUGUUAAAAGUAGUUUUUUUUUUCUUAUUCUAAUAAACACCCUUCCUAAUGCUUUCCAAAAUAUUGUGACCAGUGGGGGUCUGAUCCAAGCUGUAAAGAAAUCCAGUGUACCUGCUGACAAGAACAGUCACAAGCUAUGUCCUAUGAGGGCUGCAAUUUGGGGGCAUACAGCAGUCCUAAAAAUAGUUUUAUGUACAGUAUCUUUAACAUGAAACUAGAACAUGCUCUCAUUAAAAAAAGUUUGCUACUAUUCGUAGAUGGAGAUUAUUUUUAAGAUCUUCUUUUGACUUCUGAAGAUUUUAAAGUGGUAGACUGAUUUUUUUUUUUUUAAAUUUAUUAAUUUUUUUAAAUAUUGCUCUAUCUAAGUACUGCUAAAUCUAAGCACUGUGUGUUGCUGAUCUUAUUGGCUGGAAAUACCGCGACCUCUCACUGACAGGUGACUGGGUCUUUGCUCUGUAUCCACUGCAAUUGGUUAUUUUUUUAAUUUAUUUGUUUUGGUGUGUGUGUGUGUGUAUAUUUUAUAUUUGACUCUCAGUUUCCAUGUGACUGUGCCCUGUAUUUAAUGUUUCCUAUGGGUGCAUAAUCUAUACAUUUAGUCUAUUUUGAGUCCCCUUUGUCCUGUCCCUAGGGGGACCUGAUAACACCACUGUGUUGCAUCAGGUAUCACAAGUCGCUGAGAUGAUUUUCCAGCAAAAUAUAUUAUAAAGCACGGGUGUCCUACCUUUUUGCUUCUCUGGGCCGCAUUGAGCACAAAGGACUUGUCUUGUGCCGCACAAAUAAUAUAUAAUCUAGAUAAUGUAUAUAAAUAAUAUAACUUUAAGAGCUUUUUUCUUAAUUUUGAUAUUUUUGUUGUUUAGUAGAUAACUCCCUUAUUUGUUAUCCUUAUGUGGAAUUGGCAUAUUUAAGAAUAUCAAAUUAUGGAGCGAUCUACUAAACACAUACACCUGUAUAUACAUACAAACAUAAACACACACAUAUAUAAUCACAGACCUACUAUACACACAAUCACAAAUCUAUACACACGUAAUCAGAUAUGCACAAUCACAAAUAGACACAUAAUCACAUAUCUACACAUACAGUCAUACAUACACAAUCACAGAUUCACACACACAUACAUUUACAGACCUAUACACACAAUCACAUAACUAUACAAUCCUAUUAAGACACACAAAACCACACACCUAUACACACAUAAUCAUAGAUGUACACUUUCAGACAUAUAUACACAUUCAAUCACACACACAACUUAUACUCAUAAUCAGACCCACACACACACACAAUCACUUAUAUACAUCACACACAAUCAGACCCUCACACAUUUACACAUACAGUCACAAACAUACACAGACCCCACACACACAAUCACUGACAAAACAUACCCAAGAAUCAUACACACACAUUUACUACUAAAGAGGUUUACCCAGCCUCCCUACGUUGCUCUGGGAGGGCUGGAAUGGAUCCUCUGUCUCUGGUGGCUAACGAUUGCUGCUGUGCUGGGAUCUCUGUGCUCUUCCUGCACAGGUCCCUCGUGCAUCCAGCAGUGAUGACCUCAUGACGUCAUGCAGGGAACAGGAGGAGCACAGAAUGUAAAAGGCUUUCUCUCCCUCGCCAGCCGGUAGCACAGACGGCAACCGGGCUGCACUGCUAGCAGUCCUGGGUGGUAUGAGGGCCGCAGGUUGGACACCCCUGGUUUAAAGGGUCUGUCCCCUUUGAUUAUGUCCUCAAACUAGGAUGAUAUACAAUGGUUGUGGUAAUGGGAUACAAAACCUCUAAUUGGAGCAGCUGUAACCUCGCUAUACUAGAGUGUACCCUCUUUAUCUGUAAUUUCUCCACAUUGUAUAUUGUCACUGGGAGUUGUUGAGUUUUUGAUCAAAUAAUUUUAGCUUUUAUAGGAAUAUAGAUUUUGAUGGUAACACUGUCACUUUUUCACUAGUGUGUUUUAACUAUCCUCUCAAUAGAGUUGGUUCUUUUUGUGAGUUUUAUUAUUUUGUUUACUUUGCAGUCCAUCUCCUUUUGUUAUACAAAGGUAGAAGGGGGUUAGUAAUAGUGAUUUUUCUGUCAGUCUUGUAGAUAGCUUAAAUCAAAUGAAAAUUUAGUAUUUACUGAGGAUUUGUUAUUUUAGGAUGAUGACCUGGAGGAAGGGGAGGUGAAAGAUCCCAGUGAGAGGAAGACAAGACCGAGGCUCACCUGCCGAUUCUUCAUGAAAGGUGCGUUACAUGUCCUUGUGCGUUCUGUGCCAACCUGUACUCUGGCCUCUCUUGUGACUAAGCAGGGUCAGAGUUUUAGACCAGGGAUAGGCAACCUUUGGCACUCCAGAUGUUUUGGACUACAUCACCCAUAAUGCUCUUACACCUGUAAUGCUGGCAAAGCAUCAUGGGAGGUGUAGUCCAAAACAUCUGGAGUGCCGAAGGUGGCCUAUGCCUGUUUUAGACUAUUGUCUGUGAAAGGCCAUGGUUUGGAGAGUCUGAAAUGUAAUCUAACACUAUUGUGGGAGUCACAGGAUUAUUUACUAAAUUAUAAAUUGUCCUUGUUUGAAUUCCUGACAAUUCGUACUUUAGCUCAUAAGUCAGUCAAUACUCAUAUUGUGUGUGUGUGUGUGUGUGUGGGAAGUCUGGGUCUUCAAGCAUUCCAGGCUUGGACAUAAAUGGAUGAACAACAAGGUCAACUUCUGUAAUGGAACUACAUGCACAGGUUCCGCAAUGUGAGUGCAGCAUUACACGAUGCUUCGCUCCCCAUUGUGAGAUAAGAAACAUGCAGUAUGUCAAGUCAAAGAUGUGAUUAUUGGCAAGGUCAGCCUAGGCUUACAUCAUUCCUAGGUCAAUGCAAUGAGUACCAUUAAAUGGGCAGUCAAACCCCAAUUUGCCGUUAUGCUAGGAGGCUGGGGUCCUGCCUUUCAUUUCUUGGUUAAAGUUACUUUAAUUGAUUUGACAAAACCAAGGUUCGCAAGGCACUCCGAGCCUGGCCCCAGCUUGCAGGAAUUGCUAGUGCGGCCAAGUUCAGCCAUAUUUGGAUGAGUGCGUGUGUCCCCUGUGGGGUUAUUGCUAUAUUCCACAAUGGAGAAAAUGGUGAUUGCGGUUGAGGUGGAACUUCCACAUUAGCAGUUCUGUCAAAUAGGGUCCAGACCUCUGUUAUGGUCACUUAGACGGUUUGACCCAGAAUUGGGAAGAGUCUCCUGCUGCUUUAUUUGGUUGGAUAAUAUCUAGACACUAGUACACUGUUAAAAAGCCAAGUCACUGUAUAAUUGUUAUUUAGCUUUCUAUUUGUCUGGUACAUAAUAUGAUACAGAUCAUAGUGCAGGUUCUUGGGUUUAUACAAUAAAAAGUAAAUUGUCACUAAUUCAACGUGAAUUUCAAAUGUUAGGUCUCACAAGCCAACAAUUAUUCUCCAGUUUGGUUAAUUUAGCUUAGAAUUGUAAAUUCAAUUUGGAUUCCAGAUAUUUUAGUGAAUAAGCCUGAAAGUAAAGCUAAAAAGUUUUAGCCAUUUAUCAUUGAAAGGGCAGCCUUCCGUGAGGCACAGUAAAGGCUCUUUAUUCAAAUGAACCUUCCGUAUUCUAAACCCCUUGGCUUUCAACCUGCAAUACCAAUCAAUAGUUGUAUUGCUUACCUCUGUGCCAGUAAAAUAAAAUGUAUAAAUGAAAUAUUUUAUCUUCUAUUAAAUUAUGCCAUAUUCACAUAAGUUUGUCUCAAACCUUGUUUUUUUUUUGUGUAUUUAAUUUUUUUUAAAAUUAUUAUUUUUUUGUCUGUAUAGUGUUAAUGCUUAAUCAACCCUUUCUGGAUUUUACACCGUGUUGUCUUCUAGUCCCAGGAAGUGGAAAUAACUGUGGGAUUACCCAAUCCAUCCUCUGCAAUGCAUUAAUUUUUGAAAAAAAAUAAUAUAAAUUAUUUGUGGCGUCAUGAAGUAACAAACCACACCCCUUCUAAAUAUAACAGCAAUUAAGUGCCGAGGUAUUGCUGUCAUUUUGCGGUGCUGGACUUUUUCUCUUUGAUGAUAGAAGAAUUGUUUGUUCUCUGAGUAAUCCAUCUACUUCCUGCUUUGUGUUUUCACACCUAGUGGUGUCAUGUGACCAUACCUGGGCAGUUCCAGCCUCCAUUGUACGGAGUGCUGUUUUAUUGAUGCAGCCUGGUUUUCCCCAAUGUAUGAUUUGGAUGUUUGUCUAGCAAACAUACCGUUCUUAAACCUGUAACAGUCUUGCAUGUGAAUGGAAUUUUUUUUUAUUCAGUCACGUGUUUUAUGUGAUUAGCACCAUCACAAAUAAGAGAUAAGUGUGUGACAAUAGACUUUGAAUACUUACAAUUUGACACAAUUCCUCUCACCAAUAAUGGGAUCACUGCAUUUAUUUUUAAUGUACAUAUUUAUUUGACAAUGCUUUACGUCCCCCCUUAGUGUGCCUGCUGAAUUGUGGUUGUGGUAGAUAUGAUUGCCGGACACGGUCAUCUUUUCUUCUUGCAUUCAUUAGGGUUCAGAAUCUCUGUGAAUUAUUCCACAAGUCCACUGGCAAAAGGCAACAACCAGAGGGGGCCUCUUAAUAAUUAUAACAAAAGAAAGGGAAGGAAAUUAGAGGGGGCCAGUCUCCCUAAUUUGCUAAGGGUCAGCAGUGACCUGUGGCUUAAGGGAUGAAGUGACCACCCUCCUCCAAGUUUUCUCUGUCCUCCUUCCUUGACAUGUCACUAGCUGUCACCAUGUCAACUAAAGUAAGGUGGAAAUAGGGAGAAGUAUCACAAGGAGACACAUUAAUGCCCCCUCCCCACAAACACACACACCGUGUUUCACAAGCACCCUAGCAUAAACUCUUCUUACACACCUACCCUGUACACAUCUCUAACCCACUCUUUUUCUAACGGCGUUGGGCUGCGUUAUUGGGUGUCAGUGGGUUAUUACACAGGGCUGAAUGAAGUAGUUACAGAAAGACAAUUCAAAAAGCUUAAGCAAAGAAUAGGUCGCGUUAUUACUAGCAGUAUUGAUCUUUAAAGCCGUCUGUAUUCAGAGCCAGAUUGCUGGUCAGGGAACCAAGUGAAUUGGGUAGAGGGAAGGCACUGAGCCUGAACCACAUGUAGACAAUGUCUGACGUCACUGAGGUCCCUGGAUUCUCUGUUCUGUUUAUAGUUGUUGUGCAGUUAAGGGUGUCCCAAUGCAUUCAGUAAGAAUGCACACAAUAGGCCAUAUUUAUCAAGGCAAAACUUGUGGAAAACUAUUCUAUGUGUGUCCGAGAACUGAUCCGGUUUGCCCAACGUGUAUUAUAGGAGAUAGUCUUCUCCAAUCUAUUUGUAUUUAUUUCAGUUCUACGAAUGGUCUAAAAAAGGUAAAAAAUAAUUCUUUCCUGCGUUUUGCCAUUUUUCACAUACAAGCUCAUACAUACAAGCUCAUCUUUUCUUUUUCCCACCAAAUUUAGUGGGAAAACAAGAAGUGAUACUGAACACGUUCUGGCUGAAAUAAGUCACAGAAAGAUUGAUAAAUCUUCAAAAAAAAAAAAAAAAAGCCCAGAAUCUAUUGUGCCAAAAAAGGUACAAAAAUGUCUGCAUCACCUUGAUAAAUCUGCUGCUGUAUGUUCAAGUUGUUGAUGUAUGUAGUUCCACUUUGUAUGAUAUCAUGUUCCUCCUAUGUCCCUAUAUGUAGAGGAGCUAGGGUGGAGAUGGCAAGUGACUGGCAGCGAUUGAUGUGCGUCAUACACAAUGUGUAUUCACACAUCAAUCCACGUUUUUAUAAUUUGUCGAAUUCACUACAUUGAACUACUGAUUGACACUCAACAUUUUCUUGUCCUUGUUGUGAUUGCUCUGUGCAGGUGGAGUGUGAAAUGCGAAUCACGUGCUGUGAAUGAAUUUGAUCACUAGGUGUCAGCAAUUAGCUUAUCCCAACUACAUUCUAUAUGCAUAUUUAUUUAUUACAGGUAUUUAUAAAGCGCCAACAGAUUCUGCAGCGCUGUACAAUUAGUGGAGGACAUAAAAUAUACACAAAUACAAAAGGUAGAGAGAGCCCUGCCCGUAAGCUGAGAUCUAGCCAUUUAAGCCCUUUUAUACAAAGUGCUUAGCUAGAUAGCUUGUGAGCUUACAGUGUGUGUGUGUGUGUGUGUAUAUAUAUUUUUUUUUUUUUUCACUUUCUUACUCCUCCAGGUGUAUUCCUCAUUCUAUGGAUCUUGAUUUUUAAGAAAUUUUAUCAGGAUUUUAAACUGAAACAUUAAUCAUGAUAAAAAAUAAAUGUUACGUUUUAGUUGAUCGGACCCAGAAGUGCUGACCAUUCUUUUGGAAUUUUCUUGUGAAAUCUGCUGGUUACGAUCACCAGGAAUAAUUGCUUUUGGGGAGCCCUCCCUUUAUCCUGAAAGCAUGUCAUUAUAAAUUUCAGUUACUGGUAUUACUGGUCAGACAUUAAAAGAUACUUGCAACAGCAAUUGUUUUAUUUCAUUUUUAUUUAAAGUGAUACUAUAGGCAUCCAAACAUCUUUAGCUUAAUGAAGCAUUUUGGGUGUAUAGGUCAUUCCCCUGCAGUCCCACUGCUGAAUUAUCUGCCAUUCAUGAGUUAAGUCACUGUUAGUCACACCUUCCCUAGCUGCGAUUUCCUUUAUUGCACAGUCUGCAUAAAAUAAUGUUCAUUUGCAAUCAGAUGUUGGCUUACUUUAAAUGUUUUUAGCUCUCUUAUAUAUACACACACACACACACACACACACACACACACACGGCUCCUGCAGUAUCUAGUAGGCUAUUAACAGCAGGAUAUAGGGAAUCCUAAAUUAAACAGACUGUGCAAUAAAGGAAGUUUAAACAUUAGAUCUCUUUUCAGGAAGUGUUUAGGAAGGCUAUGUAAGUCACUUACAGGUAGGUGUGACUAGGGCUGUAUAAACAAAAUGAUUUAACUUUUAAAUAACAGAGAAUUUAAUAGUGAGACUGCAGGGGCAUUUUCUAUACACCAAAACUGCUUCAUUAAGCCAAAGUGGUUUGUUUGUGUUUUUUUUUUAAAUUUUUUUAUUCUUUUAUUGAGACAGUGUUAAUUAUGUUACAAGAAGGAAAAACAAAAUGUACCGGUAAAUAAAGCAUACAUUGAUAUGACAUUGGUCAAGGAAGUAUAUGAGGUUCAGAGUAUUCUCUAUUUCUCUUUUCUUAAAUUUUUUUUUUUUUAAAAAGUAAGUAUCAUGCAAGCGUUACAUGUAAGUGAAAACAAAGAUAGUUUACAAGCAUGGUCUAGACAUAUCAGCGUGUUUAUCAGUGUUAUUUAAGUGUACAUGAAAAAUUUAGGUUAGUGAAACCCCCGAGCAGUGCUGGGAAGCUAACGUUGUUUUGAUGCCGUUGUGUCCCUUUAAGUAGAAAUAUAUCUACAAAUUCUACAGUGUUUUUUGCAAGUUAGGCUCCCAACGUUUAUAUCCGCAAACCAAACCUGGAUUUAGGGCACAGAAUUCCAAAGACUAAAUAUACCUACAGAAGGAGAACUUGAGAUAAAAGCAAUGUGGCGCCAGAAAUAAAAAUCUAGGAGAUUAAUUCUAGGUUUAGUAGUAAGGGCACGAGGGGCUUAUGCCUAGAAUAUUUUGUUUCUCUGAAACCUUUCUCUUAUUUAUAAAGCGCCAGUAAGUUCCAUAGCACUGUGCAAUGGGUGGACUAACAGACAUGUAUUUAUAACCAGACUUUCGACACACAGGAACAGAAGAAAUGAGGUCCCUGCUCAAUGAGCGUACGUACUAGAGGGAGUGGGGUAUAGGGACACAAAAGUUAAGGCUGGGUAAAAAAAAGACAUUGCCAGGCUAGUAUUCAUUGAAGGCUUAGUGUUUUGAUGAGAGUUGCAGGAGAGAAAGCUGUUCUUCAGACACAUGGAUACACCAGAGGAAAAACAUGGUUUCUGGAAGAGUACAAGGUCUGCUCACAGAACAUACCGAGGGAGAGAAAGUGCCCUAAAUAGCUCUUUACUUUGAAAUAACAUGUUUGGGUGAAAUGAUGGAAUAUUUUAACUCUGAACAUUUACAGCACAAGAAAGAAGUGUUUGUAGCUCGAGGGUAGAUCGAAUGGGAUUUUUUUGGUACGUUUUCUUUGCAGAAGUUGUAGUAGAUGCAUGGGGUAGCCAGCCAGUGGAGGUGUAAAGGCUAGUUUAAUGGAGGAUAUCAAGAAACAUGCUCUCAAGCAAAACCAGCAAUAAAAGACAGAGCUUUUUAGGGAAAUUAGCAGACUUGAUAGACCAGUUGCUUUGUACCUUCCAGCAAUAUAUUUUGUGUCUCUAAGUUUAUUUGAGUUUCCUUGUACACCUGUCAAGGGCAACCCGAGUGUUAGGACACAUAAGCAACUGCCUAAGGCCUCCGCUAACCUAAAAAAACAAAAACGAACCAUGGAUAGAGCUCUUAACUAAUGCACAGAUUUGUAGACUGAGGGGACAGCCUGCUGGGGCAUCCAAAAAGCCCCAGUCUGUGCAUGAGCAUUAACCCUAAGUCCCCCUCUCUCACAAAGGUGUAUUCAUAGCCGCUCGCUGCCUGAAACAAAUAAAAAGUGGGCUCCAAUUAGAGGGUAUACGAGCCUUAAACUGGAUCUCGAAGUCAAGCUGGAAGAGAAAGGAGAAUAUGGUAAUAUCCAAGUAUAAAACUGGAUUUAUGCAUAAAUUCGCAUUUCAUGAAAUAUCAGAUAUAUAUACACAUAACAUGAAAUUCAGUUUAGUCAAACCUUAAGCUCUUGACAGUCAUUAACAAGGAUAAAACCCAGUAAUCAAAAAAGACUUACCAUGAAGUCAACUUACCCAGAGAAGACCAAACCUCCAGGGAUGGGAGGGAUAAUACUCGCCUCAGUGUCAUUAAUAAAAUCAUGAUUUUACGUCAUGUUAAUGGUAAAAUCUGUAAAUUUUAAUAAGACACAUAGGCUCCUAUUAUGCUAGUUCAAAGCUGUGAAAUGUUGAAUAGUUCUAAAGUAGAAAUCAUGGAAUGUAGACUCCGAAGACCAGUCGCUCUCAUAAUAUCCUCCAAGCGACAACCAAUCGAGGAAGCCUUAGAAGCCAUUUCCCCACAAACCGAAUGAGGCACAGAAACAUAUGUAUCAAUACCUGCUAGAGACAUAACGUAUUUGACCCACCAGGCUAGAGUAGACACUGGAAGAUGCGACUUUUGGAAGGAGGUGAAGAGUUCGUCUCAAAGGAAUCCGUAACGUAGUGAAACGAUGUUCACGCACCCAUUAGUAUGCAACAGGGCAAAGGAGAGAUCUAUCAAGGAAAACUGGGUAAAAUUGAUUUUAAAGGAGGUUUUUGUCCUCUGUGAAAUGUCAAAGAGGACACCUGGAGUAAAGGAACGAGCAACCACCUCAAGAGCUCGUAUGUCGAAAAACCUCUUGCAAGAAAAAAAUUCAAGACAAUAGAGACGUCCCGCAAGACAGAGUAUCGUAGUAUGGGUGGAUGAGCAAACCAUAUUCCUCAGAGAAGUCAAUAUAUGACAGGAUGUCAACCGACAGGCAUCCAAUCGAAACUUUGAUGGCCAGCAGAAAUGGACGAUCGGUAAGGUCCACAGUGCGAUAUGCUUUACCUUCAUCAUAGAAGUCAGAAAAAUGGAGGACAUAAAAGGAACCGAAAUGGGAUUUAACUUUAAUUUCAUGCACCAACUAUGCCAUCUGCUCCAAGCAGAUUUAUACGCCUGUCUCGUGUUGGGUGCACCCUUGAUAAGUUGGGGAGUUGAUUGCGAAACUCCUUUGACCGACCAAGGUUCCCUGAAAUAGACUACACUGAGAUGCAAGAGACCUUGGAGAACAAGGGGAUGAGGUACACCGUCUGGAUCCUGAAGAAGGCACUCGAGAGAUGGAAGGUUGAUAACCAUCUCCUGAAGAGGAGAGAACUAUGGUUGGAACGGCGAUAGAGGAGCCACGAUCACCAGGUGCCGGACUGGCGAUGUAGAUGGAAAGGCAACAGGGAAUCAGUGCAAAAGGCAGAAAAUCGUAAUUCCUUGGAGAAAACAUUCAACUGAAAAAAGUUGAGCAUUCAAACGAGAAGUGAAAAGAUCUAUUUCCAAAAGACCCCAUUGGUUCCAGAUGUCUUGGAAGACCAUGGAAUCCAAGUGCCAGUCGCUGGAAUCGCUGAGUUGUCGUGAAUACCAGUCCGCCGUAGUGUUGGAGAGACCUUGAAUAUAUUCUGCCGUGACUGAAAUGCUGUGUUUCAGGCAAAAUUGCCAGCAAUCACGAGGCAUGUAGGUCAGAAUUUUGUAUUUUGUGCCUCCAUGUGAUUGAUGUAGCGGACUGCUGACACGUUGUCCAUCUUCAGAAGGAUAGCGCAUUGGGCUUGAGUUGGGGAGAAACUGUGGUCUGCAAAGGAACCGGCCAGAUGUUCCAAACAAUUGAUGUGUUCCAGGUUUGAUUAUCUGCCCUUGGUGGAAAUAGUUCCUCAUUGAGCACCCCAACCGUGCAAACUUGCGUCGGAUUUGAUGAUCAAAUCUGGAGCUGUACAAAAUAUGGUGCGCUUAUUCUGAGCUUCCGUGUGAAGAAGCCACCAUUGGCGUUCAUCCUGCGCUUCUGAAUCCAGAGUUACCAUAUCUGUGUAUGAUGCGCUUCCCUUGAGAUGAAGUUUGUAAUCAUUGUAGGGCUCGAUAGCCAAGAAGACCUGGAAAAAUAGCCUGUAUAGAUGCCGCUAGAAUGUAUAACAUUCUCAACAGUUUGAGAGAGAGUUGAGAGGUUGCUUGUGUUCACCUAUCUCCUUCUUGAUAUUGGCUAAUUUUUGCCACCAGAAGGUGUAGCGUUUGAAGGGUAGAAUCUACAAUAAUCAAAUGUAACACAGAAAUUUGAUUUGUUGCGUGGGAACGAUAAUGGAUUUCUCCCAAUAGAUUAGCAAGCCUAGGUUCUCUAACGGAGUCAAAGUCCAUGCAAGGUAUGUCCAGAUUAAUUGAAUAGACUGAGCCAGAAUGAAAAUGCCAUCUAAAUAUAUUAUAAGACGUGAAGCACUGUAGAGCCGAAAACCGUAUGAAUGGGAGGCAUCUGAACCUCUAUUUACUGCCCUACAAUGUAAAUUGCAGGAAGUUCUCGAUCUUGAUGUUGCACUGUGAAAUAUGCAUCCUGCAGAUCCAAUUUGGCCAUCCAAUCUGCUGGUUUGAGAAGAUCCCUUAAACAAUGUCCUCCUUCCAUCUUGGAAGUGCUGAUAUGCUUAUAACUUUUGAGCUGUCUCAAAUUUAUCACUGGACGGAUACCUUUGCCUUUUUUGGGAAACAAGAAAAGGUUGCUCACGUAACCCAGGUUAUGGGACGGAAUCUCUACGAUUGAUUGUGCACGGAGACAAGGUCUGCUUCUCAUUGGGAAAAAACAAUUUCCCUUGAUGGGGAACAUUGAACAGGUAGAGAAAGGAAGUCUAUGCAAUACCCUUUCACAGUGUGAAGUACCUAAGCAUCUGAUUAAAUUAGGGAUCAUACAUGGUAAAAAAUGUGUGAGCCUGCCCCCCACUAUCAGUAAGGAAGAAUGGAAAUUGUGAAGACUUCUUAGGAGCACCUCUUAGGCCACUAACAACCCAGGGUCAACCACUUUGUGGGAAGGAGGUUGGUAUAGUGCAUUGUUCAAAGAUAUCGGCUAGGCAAGUAUACGUGCCUUGGUUCUGUCUAAAUGAACUUCUGUUUGUUUAGCCGGACAAAGGAGCCCAAUUCUUUUACAAAGUUGUCCCCAAAGAGAGAACCUUUUGCCUGUGUUAUGUGGCUCGUUCAGAGCCAUAGUUCUGUGACAACCGCAUUGUUGGCGUUGCCAACUUAAAUCACUCUCUGGAUCUAACCACUUAAGAUGGCGCAAACUAAUUCUAGAUCAUCCUCUACUGCUUCAAAGAUCUUGGCUGCUGAGCCCAAGAUGCCCAGGGUUUUAUCCCGACAGUUUUGCAAUGAAAAUCUAAGCCUUUAGAUGGCUUCCAUCCUGUCUUAUUCAGGAAUUGAAUGAUCUUAGGAUCGACUGAUAGCGUUUUACAUGAGUCAUCAGGGACUGUUCGGUGUGGCCACUCAGCCCGCAAUUUAUUUCACUUUGCCUUCUAAAAAGGCUUGCGUACUCUGGAUGCAAUAUACUUGGCUACAUUGUCUGAGGAGACCACUGGGUGACAUAGGUUGUCAGGUUCGAAUAGGGGUUCACAUUUAGUGUCCAAGAUCCUAUCGGUGUCCCUGAGUCUGCAUAAUCUACCUAAAUCUUGGUAUGUUUAACAGGACGUGUAGCCCAAACUGGAUUAGUAUCCUCUUCAUCAGUAAUUUCAUAAUCAGGAUUAGAAAUAUCCUCUGAAUCCUCCAUAUAGUACUCGGGGAACUCCUCAAUAUCACUGAGCUUAGAUUCAGAGUUCAAUUGGGCUUUUGCAUUUUUCCAAAGUCUAGUCGAUUUUGCCCGACUAGUAGCACUUUUGCGCGGUGGUAAAUUAAUCGCACAAUCCGUUACAGGUAUAGUACUGUCAAUCUCUAUUGUUUUGGAGGAGUGUUUAGCCUUAUAUGAGGUAUUGCGGCAUGACACCAGCGCCUUGUCAUUGCUUUUGCCAUGGAAGUGUCAAUUAAAGCUUGCAUGUCAGCCGGAUCAGUAAAGCAGAAAUUCAGCCUCAUCUCCAGAGAUACUUGGAGAGGCUUCUACAUUAAUCUGCAUGUUUGCUGUAGGCACAGAAAGAUCCUGUCAGACUGCAUCAUAAAUAUAACAGAACUAAGGGAAUGAAUAAGGCAAAAUAAUACCAAAAGGAAAGGGUUGAGUAACCCUCAAGUAAAAAAUAAAUAACUAAACAGGAUAAAGAAAUUAAAGUACUCACAAUAGUGAAAAAAUAGCAAUUGUAAUAUAAAAACACAGGAGCUGCCACUAUAACUAAACCCCAACUUCAGGCAGUUGGGGGCAGAGCAGCAGCCAGAUAGAUAAAUGAAGGGGGGGAAACAGCACAAUAGCCCUGUGCGGAGGAUAGAGAUCCUCAAAGACGUCCCUGAGCCCCAAUUGAUGGUAAGCUUGGGGCCAGGGAGGUCAGAGGGGAAAUACAUUAUCAAAGGAUAUACAAUAAAGCAUAUAACUGAAGCAAAUGAAGUAAAUAAAUCAAAUUAAGUUAAAAUGAAGUAACUAAAUAUAUUUAUAAAUAUGAAAAUAUUAUAAUUAAAAUAUAAUAACUAUAUUAACCGCAGUAAUGAUAUGAAUAAAGUAAAGUAAAAUAUCCCACGGUUAAGAACCAUGGGACCCAGUGUCACUUAAAGGGACACCGUAGGCACUGUAUCUGCUUCAUAUCAUUCAGCUGGUUAUAGUGUAUGGAGUCCCCUGGUGCCAUCAUUUCUUUCAGCAUUAAGCAGUUUUUAAUGUUGUAAUGUUUUAAUGCUAAACAAGAGACCCUGGCAGUCCAUCCCCUCUGUGUUGCUUUGGCUAAUAAGGAAGUUUUACCCUGAGCAGCAAUGGUCAGCUGUGAUUGGCUGAGUGUCAGCUGACUGCUUUUAACCUGUCAGAGCUCCAACUGACAGUAUGAGUGGGUAUAACAACAAGGAAGUGUGUAAUCUCUGCCUUAGCUACACAUACAGAAGGGGCCGGACUGUGGGUGGCCAGGGACUCUUAUUUUGUGGCAUACUACACAAACAUGGUGCAACACUGAAUGGAGGGACAGUGCCAGGGCACCAAUUCAAAGAGACAAAGUGGUUAUAGUGACUACAGUGUCCCUUUAACUGAGGGAGCAGCAAAGAAAGAGGAAGUAGUAUACUGGACACCGCCUAUUAUACUAUAAAGAGGAUGCUGAUUGGCUGUUCCUGUUGCUAGGAAGAUAUACCUCAUGUUAUUUACUGGUUUCUUCUAUACUGAGAUUUCAAAAAACAUGCGUAUUCUGAAAAUGUUGCAAUCACUAUUGAAACCAAAGAAAUGUUUCUGCUGAUUCCAUUGGUUUCCAUGGUAAUCCCACCACCUUUUUAAACUAUUAAUUUACACAUAUUUAUUGGAGAUGUUGCUGAUUAAACACUGGGUUUGUAUAGUUUAGGACAGAGUAGUUCAGAUUUGAAGGUUUCCUGUAAUGCUGGCCUCCAACAAACUGAUUAAACAUCAAAUCCUGAGUCCUCCAGCUAAUGAUACUGCUUGAAAUGUGAUUAGCUCAGGGAAAGGCUGGGGGGAAGUAAAAGUGAAUUGCUUUGUCUCACUCACAGAUCUGAGUGCUGCGUCUUCUUGCACAGCCUACGCUAUAUAAAUGGAAGGACAGUACAAAACGUAAAAUUUUAUAAGAAACUAGUCAGUACGUUUAUGUUCCACUUGUAGGUGAUUCCUUAUAUGAACAGCUCUCCAGUCAUUGGGGGGAAAAAAGUACAAAAAUAAAUAGUUAACCGAAUACUAUUUUAUCAAUCUUUAUAUCGCUGCUGAAAAAAAAGAAAAACAAAUGAAUGGAAAGUGUUUUGUUGAAUAGGUCUGACUGUGCCUCACACACUUAAUGAAUUAAAAUCACAGGAUACGGAGUAUUAUCUUUUAUAAAUACUAACAAUAUAUGACUCUGAUUAUAAAGUGUUUGUGUCACACCAUAUUGUCACUCCUAUAGUGAGGAUAUCCACAAACCUCACAUUGUAUAAUAUGUAUCAACAGACAUUUAUGAAAAACUCGCAAUUACAAUCUGCACUAAAGGUUAAUUCACUGUACUACUGCGUUAAAUCAACCUUUAGUGCAUUUUUUUAUUUAUUUUGUGUACAUUUGCACCAACAUUCCAGUUGUGCUAUUUUUCCUAUGUUCAAGCGAAUCUGUAAUUUUUAAAAGGUAUAGCGUACAAAAACCUGGUUGGUCCAUGUACUCUGCCCAUCUCCUGCCUAAACCCAUCGGCUGUGUUCUUGUUCCUGCCCAGGAUAGCAUUUUAUCCUAAUUCCUCCUGCCACCUCUGCUGUUCAGCUAUUCCAUGCGUCCACUACUUCCUUUAAAUUGUCCCUGAGCUCCAGCGUGUAUAUGUUCUCAUGCUGUCUGUGUGCUUUUAAUCUUUCCCCAAAAAAACCAAAACCAAUUCUGUGCUGGACUUAAUCCUUUAGCGAUGCAGUUAUGCAAGAGUGUGCGAUCACGCAGUUUAAACUGCCUGGAGUGGAUGACCGACUACAUAUCUUUCAGUACAGCUUUUGUGUAUUUGUUUUGUUUGUUGUGUUUUUGUUUUGUUUUUUUCUUUGUUUCCUCUUUUCUUUGCCAUUGGCAAAUACUAAGCUCUGGUGUGGAAAGUCCCCAUGAUCAGUGAAAUCUGAAACAUUAUCGCUCUUAAUAAGCUGUAAAGGGACAGUCUGCUCAUCUUAAUCUAUGCUGGAUGUCCAAAAUUGCAGUUUAGUCCAUUAACCCUCGGUCAGGCGCAAUGUGAGUAAGAACAGGAUCGGGCGCAUUGUGCCGAAUCGGCCACUUUUACAAGACAAACUUUUUACUCAAAUAAAAACAUGUUUAUUAUUCCAUUUGCUCUACAAAAUUGGCGAAAGCAAUUUCUGAGCAUUUAUUACAAUAAUAAGUAGCAUGUUCCAUACAUAAUGCACAUUUACACUUGGUAGGACAAAACAACAAACAUUGGCUGUGCCUGUUGGAUCAGUUGCACCUGACCGAGCGUUAAGUUCAGCUUUUACUAGUUUAAUGGCAUUUCCAUAUUAAGCGGAGAGUCUGUGCAGGCGGUGUUGGUGUGUGCUUGCAGCAAAUGCAAAGUCAUUGAAUGAGGGGAUUUAAUUUUUAAUUUAAUAUUAUUUACUUAUUUAUUUUAACACCAUUUUCAUAUGUUUUUACUUGAUUUCGAAAGCCGAUCUUUAUUAUGGGUUUUCAUGCAGUUGAAUCUAUGAAUCUAUAUCAUUCUAUCUAUAUAAAUGACUAAAGGCAGAAUCUUGCUGUCUAAUUUUAGUGGCUCUGUCUCUUUGGCUGCUGGGUUCUACAGAGAUCUCCUCUUCUCUCCUACUAGCACCCAAUAUGGGAUCAUUUUAAUAAGUGUACAGUGUUUUCUUUACAGUCUAAUCAGAAGAAAAAGAAAACUGUUAAUUAACCAAUUCAACAAUUAUUUAGAACUUGGCUUGAACUUUUAUUAUUUAAAAGUAAGGUGAAAAAAAGUGUAUGAAGCAGAAAAGUGCCGUUUUACAAAUAGUUACAGAACGGGCAGAUUAACAUAAAAUCAAGCAUGGAAAAAAAAGUUAUGCACGCAUUUAGCUGGUAAUGGCUCUUCAGAGAGCGGUAUUUUCUUUGUGGCCCACGGAUAUUCCUGAUUCUUGAACCUGAUUGAUUCAUGUCUUAUUGUAGCAAUCUGGCCGUGAGAAACACUACUCUGAUAUGGAAUAUAUUUUUAACGUUGGCAGAUUUUGCAAAGGUUCUGCAGGUAAAAUAUAUAGGAACCACAUUAAAUUACAAUCUGUGGCCGACCAGAUUAAUGGCGCACUCAAAGCACCAUAACCAUUAAAGCGUGUUGUUUGUGCUGCUUUGAUUUUGAGCUCUGUAUCCAGGUUUUCCCAUAAAAUUGUUUGGUAGUGCUUUGUCCAAAACUUUGGCUCCACUUGCACCCAAAACCGAAAAAAACUAUCCCACGUUACCUUAUUUCUAACCAUGACCACAGUAGGCUACAAACACUGGUUGGUUUUUUUCAGCCUAAUUACUGUCCCAAGUUGGACAGACUUGUACUUUAAAGAGCAAUGUGUGUGAUUAGAUAAAUUUACAGAACAGGAGGGAAAAGCAUCUAAAGCAAGUUAACAUCUGAAAAUGAAACUUUUUUUUUUUUUUCAUGCAUGCUGUGUGUCACAGGGGAGGUGUGGCUAGGACUGCAUAAACAGAAACAAAAGUGGUUUGACACCUAAAUGACAGAGAAGUGAGCAGUGAAACUUCAGAAGCACGAGCAAUACACCAAAACUGCUUCAUUAAGCUAAAGUUGUAUUGGGGACACUAGUGUUCCUUUCAUAGUGCCCCUUUACUAUGUUUCAACAGAACCAAAAAAUGCCCCUUUUCCAUCAUGGACCUGUUAAUCUCAUUCAGUUUUCAAACCACCCUCCUUUUUUGCAUUGUUAUUUUGUAAUUACAUGUUUAUUCUAGUACAUAUGUCCUGGUUUGUGUGAUGAAAAUAAUGCUUUAUCUGUAUGUGCUUUUAUUGAAUUCCAGGUAACUGCACAUGGGGUAUGAAUUGUCGAUUCCUCCAUCCUGGAAUGAAUGACAAGGGGAACUAUUCAUUGAUAUCUACCCAGGACCCUUUUUCCUCCAAUGGCACCCCUCAGGCUGGUACUCAAACUGCUGUACCACCUAACCCAUGGGUAAGAUCUACUUUUACACAAUGCUCUUCUUCCCUAUAUAUAAUCUGAGUUCAGUUUACAGUGCCCAGCAUGAUUCUACACCAACCCACACCAAGAAAUAUUGACUACAUUACCACCAAACGCAGGGGACAGACUUAACUGCUUUCUGCUAUUAAAAAAUAAAUAAACUGACCUUUUUUUUUUUUUUCAUUUCUAUGCUUUGCUGCAGUUUUCCUUGGCCAGCUGUUAUUCUGUUGUGUAAGACAUUGUUAAUGAUUCUGUAAGCUUUAAAGUGAUUAUUUCAUUUUUUGAUGGUCUCUUUGUGCUCAUUUUGUAGGGGACUCCAGUCACAGAUGGUAUGCUGCCACCACCCAUACCAGAUCCUCCAACCGAGAGUGCCUGGGAGAGAGGACUCCGCCAUGCUAAGGAGGUGAGCAUAUUGGAACAGGUGGCUGUAAGGAUAUUUAAGCAACACAUGUUGUGUGCUCUGUGCAUUUAAAUGCUCACAAAAGGGGUUUUAUGGGCACAUCCAUUGUUCAACACCUUAGGCUGAAAAGAGACCUGCAUCCAUCAAGUUCAGCCUUUCUCACAAAUCGGUUUUUGCUGUGUCAAUGGAGACAAAAACCUCAGUAUGCAGUACUUUGCAAUUUUGCAAUAAACUAGAGAAAAACAAUUCCUUCUCGACCCCAGAAUGGCAGUUCGAUCUCUUCUUGGAUCAAGACGUUGACUGAAAGAAUUCAUCCAGUGUCUGUUUAAAAUACAGACUGUAAUAUGCUGAGUAAAAGGCCACUUAAGACCCCUUUUCUAUGCACAAGUCAUUUAAUUCUUGACUAUUACGAAUUGCUCUACCUUCCAGAAUCCAUGACCGCACGAUGACUUCGUAAGGGUUGUUCAUGUGCUUUGUGGAUCAUCUCUCAUCUCUCUAUGGUUUUCUAAGUUGAUGCCUUUCCUUAUCAGACAGUGUAAUUCAGACAUACAUUGUGAAUAUUAUUAUAACGCAUUGUAGGAGUAUGGUCUCUUAGAGAGUAAAAAAAACUCUGAUAAAACCACCUCUCCAGGCAGAAAAUUCACACCCUUAUUGUUCUUACUGUGAAAAAAACAAAACUUUCCUUUGCCUUAGACUAAAUCUCAUUUCUUCUAGUCUAAAUAGAUAAACUCCUAUGUAUAUUCUUGUUUAUGGAUAGAUUUCCAGACAGCGGUUUGUAUUGGCCCCAAAUAUAUUUGUAUAAUGUUAUCAUAUCCCCUCUGAGGUGCCAUUUUUCUACACGUUUAAAUCGGUUAACCUUUCUUUAUUACUAAUAUGUUCCAUUCCUUUUAUUAAUCUUGUAUUCCACCUCUGCACUUUCUAUUGCUGCAGUAUGCUUCUUUAGAACAGGUGCCCAGCAUUGCACAGUAUAUUCAAGGUGUGGCUUUACCAGUGAGUUUUAUAAAGAGGCAAAAUUAUAUUUUUAUUCAGAGUAUGAAUGCCUUUUUAUACAAUCCAAUACCUUACUGGCCUUUGCAACUACUUUUUGACAUUACGAAUUGUUGCCUAGUUUUAUUUCUAUAACGACUCCCACAUCCUUCUCAGGUGUUUUUUUUUUUGUUUUUUUUUCGAGUCACUACCAUUUAGGGUGUAAGGAGCUUGUGUGUUCUUUAGCACGUAGUGCAUAACUUUGCAUUUAUCUGCAUUGAAUUUAAUCUGCCAUUUGGGUGCCCAGUCCCGCAGCACGGUAAUAUCCUGCUCACAUUAUAUUGCAUUAUUGUUGCAAGAUCAUUAAUAAAUAGCUUGAUGGACCUUGGACCUUAUAUCACUAAGAGAACCCUGCCAACCCCACACAUACAUAUAUACAGCUUGACCUUUUGACAAGCCACAAGAAAUGUUUGUACGGAUUAUCAUCAUGGGGGCUAAAUUAUUUAAUGGGAAACUCUAGGCUAGCAGUAAAAAAUUCUAUUACCAGCACUGUAGCUUCCUAUAGAGCCCUCUCGCUUGUGUUUGGUAGAUAGCCACUAGAGGUGGCUCAAUAACUGCAAUAAUUACUAUUGCAGUGUUCAACUAACAGGGGCACUUCACCCAGACCACUUUAAUUAGCUGAAGAGGUCUGGGUACCUAUAUGGUCCCUUUAAAGGAGCACUCCAGGCACCAUGACAUCUUGUAAAUGAAGUUAUUAUGGUGCCAGGAGGCCCCGGGCUCACUCUUAUUAUAAGGGGUAAACGGUUUAACCCCAAGUUGCCUCCAGCGCCGCUCUCUGCUCCUCCCAGUUCGGCAUCCGGCUUUUGAAAUUUCACUUUUCAGGAAGUGCGGAGUGUCACCAGGUGAGCGGUCUGCUGAUGCUCUCAGCCAAUCGGUGACUUCCCAUUCAAAAAAAUUCCUUUUGCAAGCCAGUUUUGUGAAGAGCUGACAUUAACAUCCUUUUGUCAAUCACAAGACUCUGCAACUUAUUCAGUUUAUUUUACUCUAUUAUUCUGGGACAUUCCGGGACAUUCUUUCUUUCGUAAUAAAACUUUCAGAAAAAUCCACUAAUGUGUGGACUAUCAGGAAUUCAAAGUGAAUUCCAAAUAGUGAAACUGUCCAAAGCCUUUGUAGUCUGGGUCCCCUGCGUGGCGAAGAUCUGGUAGUUCCAUAUGGUGGGUAGAAUAUGCUGUACCUCCUGGUUUUGCAAUUUUAGAAGUUUGAGAUUUGUUUUAUUCCGAACUGCAGUUUGUCUGUAUUUGGACCGAUUGGGUGAUCAGUCAAUUUUCUGAAUUCAGAGUUAAAAAUGUCGCCGAAACAUGAACGGAUGAUCAUGUGUUGAUUCGUGAUUCAGAAUUUAGCCUGUGGCACCAAAGCAAGAGAUAACUGAUCAGGGAAAAAAAUAUUAAUGGUGCUGUGGCUCAGUCACUAAGUGUUGAGUUUAUUCACAGAUCAAGUAAGAAGCAAACAUAGAAGGGGGAAAAAUGGAGCAAUAAAAAAAAAAUCUAUUUUCAUAUAUUAAAAAUGUAUUAAAAAAAAUCUUUUCUUUUUGAUAUUUUUUUCUUUUUUAAAUUGCCCCUCCUUUUUUCCUCUCUAUUGGUUACUUUUUGUCACUUGAUCUGUGAACCAAAUGGUGGGAAUAGGCCCUGAUUGGCCCGUUCUCAACUUUUUUUGUUUUGGAAAUUCUGCCAUUUGGCCACAAUUUGUCUGUCCCAAUUUCUUUUUAAUGCAUUUAUUUUUAUUUAUUACUUUUUCUUAUUUCAGGGGAAAAUGGUUCGUCCAAAGUGAAUAUUCUCGUAUGCACAUGUCUAAUUAUAUGUUUAAUUUUACUUGCUAACGGUUUUUAGUUUCAAAUCUCUAUAAAUGGACGAAUUGGCAGGAUGUUUUGUUUAAUAUACAUAAUAAUGGUAUUGAAAGGGUUUAUUUUUAUUGCUCACCUGCUUCCUCUGUAAUCCUUCUGUAAUCUCUAAAACCACUGAUUUGCCAAUAACAUGUAGUUCUGUUUGGUUAAUUAAACAAUAGAUUACUCAAUCCUCACUUUCCUGUUUUUGUUGUGGUUAGUGGGAGAGACUCUCACAGGAUUUCUCAAGAGCAGCUCCAUUUAUUCAGAACAGCUUUCCUCCUCCCAUCAGACCUUCCGUUAGUCUUCAGUCCUUUAAAGGGACACUUAAGAUCCCUAAAGCACUUCAGCUUGCUGAAAAGCUUUGUGUAAAGAGUGUCCCUUUUUUAAUUUUAUUUUUUAUUUGUAAAAAGUGUAAUUUCAAUAGAAAUUGGCACUUUUUAUAAAUGAACACUGUUACACCACCCUGGCUGUCAAUCAGAUACCCGGUCCUGUUCCUUCCUGGUUUGGUUAGCUCAGUGGAACUAAACUCCAAAGGCAGCAAUUGUCCAGAAUACCUGCCUUGCAAAGACUUCUCAUUAAGCUGCAUUGGGAAGUCUGUAAUUGGACAGUUACAGAAAGUGUGGGCGGGGUUAGAAGGGAAGGGCUUUUGUAAGCAUUUUUUAGAUUUACUCCCAGUGCAAUUUAUAAUUUGGGAUAUAUCUAUUAUACAGUGAUUUUUCUUAAAAUUUUUUUAAUUUUUUUGCAUUUGGGAAGUGUCGUGUCCCUUAACACCAGUAUUUUCAGAGAAGCUUGAGAUUUCCGUGUAUAACUAUAAUUCUUUAAAUCCAUCUCUUCCUCUCUUCAAACUGAAUUAGUGUCCGCAGAGUCCACAUCACUCUCACCUUCCAGAUCACAUGUUCUCUCACAUGUUGAACAUUGCAAGCACCAUAACCACUACAACAUCUUGUAUUCGUACAGCUGAUUGCAUUAAUAUAACUUAUUGUACAUAUACAUUUACAGUUGAUUGUAGUAGUUAUGGUGCUAAUGGGCUAUGCCAUUUUGUCCUAUAUUGCUAGUCUCCAAAUUUGUGAUGAUUUGCUGACCGCAACGUGAUGCAGGUGUCUAUUUCCAUAGACAAGGCUGCAGCAUUGCAUUCAUUUUAUUAUAAGUUAACAAAGCAGCAAAAGUAAAAAUAGUAAAAAUAAAAUUUCAGUGCCAAUUUAUAAGAGGUGCGUACUGUAUCUCCCCGCAUUCUGUAUUUCUAAAGGUAAAAUGUAUUUGCCUUCCUUAAACCUGGAUGUGAUCGAUGCUUAGUGGGCUUUCUCUAGCAAUGCUGUAUAGGCAUUUUCUGAGCGUUGAAUUUAAAUAGUCUGUUUUCUGCUGUAGAGAACUUUGUGCAGGAGUUUGUUGGGUGGCAGGGGGUGGGGAAACAAAACGAAAUAAGUCUGUAAAAAGGCUGGGCUUGUGGGACAACAUUUUUAAUUUUUUUUAUUAUCAACAGUUAGACUGAGGGGGAAAUAAACUAUACUCCUGAAUAAUUGUAACUUAAAGUGUGUAUGGCACCAAGCACGUUGGUACCUAGAGUUCCCCUUUAAAAAGAGAGUGCAUAUUGCAUCAAGCACAUUGGUACCUAGAAUGCCCCUUUAAUAAGAGCGUGCAUAUUGCACCAAGCACGUUGGUACCUAGAGUGCCCCUUUAAUAAGAGAGUGCAUAUUGCACCAAGCACAUUGGUACCUAGAAUGCCCCUUUAAUAAGAGAGUGCAUAUUGCACCAAGCAUGUUGGUACCUAGAUUGCCUCUUUAAUAAGAAAGUGGAUGUUGGGUAACAGGAGCCCUUCAAGUUUGCCUUGUUUGUUAGUGUCCGUGCAGUAAAUAUUUCUGUUACUUUUUCUGUUUUUGUUGUCCACCUCCAGGUGCUUAAAAAAGCCACUAUGCGCAAAGAGCAAGAACCUGACUUUGAGGAGAAGCGACUGACGGUGACCAUCGGAGAAGAUGAACAGGAUUUUGAUAAAGAGAAUGAUUACUUCCGAGAGUGGAAUUAUCACAUCACUAGAGAAGUCCACGAAACUGGGUUUGUAAUCUAACCUUCUUCAAUGCUGCUACCAUCACCACACUGCUUCCAUUGUGAUUAAACAUUUGGUGCUGCAGAUGUUGUGGACUAUAUAUAUUAUGAUGAUCAGCCACCCACUACACCUGGAGCGCCAAAGCCUCUGCCAUCUGCCUGUUAUGUGAAAAAUAAAACCAAUACUAAAUAGAGGCAUUCGUUCCCUCAGAAUUGUUUAAGAUUUACUGGGGGAGGGAAUUUCCCGUUGCACACUUUACUUCUGUGCUUAAAGGAACACUAUAGUAUGAGGAAUGUAUUCCUGACACUAUAAUCCUGAAGUGGCUGUUUAGGUGACCAGUUUCCUUCCGAUUUUCACAAAAAGGUGAUUUUACUCAGCGUUUCUCCCACGCCGUGCUGGUCUUGUCAUGGCUGGCUCUGCCUCCAUGGCUGAGAUUAUCAGUCUUGAUAUUCUCAGCCAAUCCAAUGCUUUCCCACAAGAAAGCAUUGGAAGACUAUUGCGCAUGCGUGCCUAAACUGCUGCACUGCGCCAAUCAGCGUCUCCUCAUAGAGAUGCAUUAAAGGGAUGCUAUAGGCAGCUAGGCCAGUUUAUUAAAGUGGUCUGGGUGCACUGUCCCAGUCCUCUUAACCCUGCAAUUGUAAUUAUUACAGUUGUUGAUAAACUGCAAUACUUAUCUUGCAGGGUUAGCCAUCUAGUGGCUGUCUACCAGACAGCCAGUAGAGACACUUCCGGUUCCUUAGCGGACUUUUGGUCUGCUAAAUGACGCUGGAGGUUCUCAUGCUCUGCAUGAGAACAUACAGCGUAAUCUAAAACCCUGUAGCUCAAUGUGUUCCUAUUUUGUAGUCCUAACGCGAGCAUUUCUCCUUGCUACGCAUACACAUUAGGUCCCCGCCGCAGGUUUACGUCCGUGAAGAAGAGGCCUAACGCAGCGCCGAGGGACAUCGGUGCUGCUGUAAUCAGCUAAGUGAUGCAUGAGGUGUUUUUUUGUUUUUUUUACUGUUCCAGCGCCCGGGAGGGGGGCAUUAUGGGUAAACUAUAAUUUCCUUUUAAAUCAAUGCAUCUCCAUGGAGAUUGCUAAACGCCAGUACUGACCCAGGAAGAAUCUGUAGUGGCCGUCUCAGUUACUGCCACUAGAGGUGUUCCGAGGAAGCAAUGUGAAUACUGCAUUUAUUUAUUUAUUUAUUUUAAAGGAAGUAUUUACAAUGCUAACACUGCAGGAACGCGAUAUUGACACCAGGACCACUGCAUUAAGCUGUAGUGGUUCUUGUGACUAUAGUGUCUCUUUAAAUAUCCAGAGAAGGCCAAAUACAAGGUCAUUGUAUUAAAAAAAUAAUGGUCUGAACGGAAUGGUGUAGUAUUUGUUAAUGGUCAGAUGAAUUUGUUCAUCCUGUUUUAUAUAUUAUUAUUAUUAUUAUUUUACUAUUUAUAUAGCUCCAGUAAAUUCCGUAGCGCUGUACAAUGGGUGGACUAACACACGUAAUUGUGACCAGACAAAUGGACACAUGGGUACAGAGGGGUUAAGGGCCCUGCUCAAUGAGUUUACAUGCUAGAGGGAAUGGGGUAUAGUGACACAAAGGGUAUAAGUAGGGGUAAUGAAAUUGCAAGAAAAGUAUUCACUGAGAACUUAGUAGGUUAUUUUUGACAGUUGCAGGAGAGGGGUCGGGGGGGUGGGGGGGCGGGAAGAGAUGAUAAAAACCUGCUAACAGUUAUACAUGAUAUGUUUUCCUGAAGAAGUGUGUUUUCAAAGAUUUUUUUGAAGGAGUGGAGACUGGGUGAAAGUCUAAUGGAGAAGAGAAUGGAGUUCCACAGAAAAGGUGCAACCCUGGUAAAGUCUUGGAGGCGAGCAUUAGAUGUGGGAGUAUGGACAGAGGAUAGGCGUAGGUCUUCGGCAGAGCUCAGAGGCCUCGACGGGACAUAUUUGUGUAUUAGGGAGGAUAGGUAGGUUGGAGCAGCAUUAUGUAGGGACUUGUAAACAAGCACCAGAAUCUUAACUUGAGCCCUAUAUCUAACUGGAAGUCGAUGCAGGAACUGACAGAGUGGGGAGGCGUGGGAGCUGCGGGCGGACAGGAAAAUGAGCCUUGCCACCGCAUUUAUUAUAGAUUGCAGUGGUGCAAUCUGGGAACACGUAAGACCACUGAGAAGGAGAUUGGAGUAGUCAAAGCGAGAAAGAACAAUGGCAUGGACCAGCACCUUAGCUGUGUCUGGUGUUUUUGAGAUGGAAGCGACCGGAUUCGGCGAUCGACUGGACUUGACGGGUGAAGGAGAGCUCAGAGUCGAAGUGAACACCUAGGCAGCAAGCCUGUGAGGUAGAGGUGAUGGUGGCGCCAUUGACUUGAAGGGACAUAGACAAGGGAGUAGCAAAACUUGAGGGAGGAAAGACCAGAAGUUCUGUUUUGGACAGGUUGAGUUUAAGGAAGUGAGCAGCCAUCCAGUUGGAAAUCUGACACACAAGUUAAGAUGAGCAGAGAGAGAUCAGGAGAGGACAGGUAGAUUUGUGUGUCAUCUGCUUAGAAAUGAUAAUGGAAGCCAAAGGAGCUGAUGAGUUUACCAAGGGAGGCGGUAUAGAUAGAGAACAGUAGGGGACCAAGGACAGAACCUUAGGGGACACCGACAGAGUUUUGUUGGGGGCAAGAUGCAGAGCCAGAGAAAGAAACACUGAAAAAGCGGUGGGACAGGUAGGAGGAGCACCAGGAGAGAGCAGUAUCUCAUAGACCAAAAUUAUGGAGAAUGUGGAGAAGCUGUUGAUGAUCAACAGUGUCAAAGGCAGCAGAAAGAUCAAGGAGAAUUAGGAUAGAUUAAUGGCUGUGAGAUUUAGCAGCGAUAAAGUCGUUGGAUACUUUAGUCACAGCUGUUUCAACAGAAUCCAGACUGAAGCCGGUCAAGCAGAGAGUUUGAUUCGAGGAAGUCUGUCAAUCUCGCAUACAUAACUCUCUCAAGGAUCUUGGAGGCAAACGGCAGUCGCGAUAUAGGGCGGGAGUUUGUGUCAAGGUUGGGCUUUUUCAGAAUUGGUGUUAUGGUUGCAUGUUUGAAGGGUGAGGGAAAUGUGCCAGAGGUUUUUGAAUUAGAAUCUGAGCAUUAUUGGUGUAUGAACUUGUAUAAUCAUUUUCAUCCUGUUCUUGUUCUGUGUGAGCAAAAAACUUCACAGCAAGAAUUCUAGGGUACUCGGUUAGCCCACCAUUUAUUGUGCACAGGGCAUCAUAUUUCUGUUUUGUUAAAGGGCUGUCUUGGCAUUUAUGCGUGAAUAUAAGAAUGCAUCUGGUGUGUCCCAUGCUGACAUGAAAAGUAGGUGGAGUGCAGUUUGUUCUUUGGUUGAUGGUAUUAAUGAGAACUGUAACAGAUAAAAAACAAUGCCAGAUCCUAGUGCAGUACAGUCUGGUAUAAAUGUAUACACAUAUGAUAAUCCUUAAAGGACCCCUAUAGUACCAGGAAAACAUACUCGUUUUCCUGGCACUAUAGUGGGGUCCCACUCCUGCCGGACUGAAGGGGGAGAAAGGGGUUAAACACUUACCUUUCUCCAACGCAGGGCUCCCUUGGUGCUGGAGACUCUCCUCCUCCUUUCCCCGUCAUCGGCUGAAUGCGCAUGCGCGGCAAGAGCCGCGUGCGCAUUUAGCCAGUCUCAUAGGAAAGCAUUCUCAAUGCUUUCCUAUGGACGCUGGCGUCUUUUCACUGUGAAAAUGACAGUGAGAAGCGCCUCUAGCGGCUGUCAAUGAGACAGCCACUAGAGGCUGGAUUAACACUAAAGUAAACAUAGCAGUUUCUCUGAAACUGCUAUGUUUACAGCAGAAAGGGUUAAUCCUAGGUGGACCUGGCACCCAGACUACUUAAUUGAGCUGAAGUGGUCUGGGUGCCUAUAGUGGUCCUUUAAAGUCUUGUACUCACAAAUAUAGAGCCACUAUGAUAGGCUCAAUGUGUAGGCAGAUGGGAAUGUUAGAAGGGAUCCCACUCCCUUAUAUGAUGCUGGUGAGAUGUCCGUUUAUAUCAUAUAAGGGAGUGGGAUCCCUUCUAACAUUCCCAUCUGCCUUCCCAUGUGUAUACAUUUAUAUCAGACUGUAUUGCACUAGGAUCUGGCAUUGUUUAUCUGUUACAGUUGUCAUUAACCCCUUAAGACCGGAGGGCGUACUAUUACGCCCUAUUUUAGGCGGCUCUAAACGCCGCCGGGCGUAAUAGUACGCCCUCCGGUCUUUCUAUACUUUCCCCCGUGGGAUCGCCGGCGAUCGCGGUUGGGGGGGCUCCCAGGGAGCCCCCCCGCGGCAUGUCGACCCCCUGGCAGCCCCACCGGCCAUGUGAGAGUGAAGUCCUUGCGAGGACCUCACAAUCACAUGGCCGGGAUAGCUGCCUCCUGCAUUGCCUCCUGCAUACAUAUACAUACACACAUAUACUGUCUUGGUGUAUUUUACUAUAUAUUAAUAUCACAAUACAGUUAGAACGAAAUAACAUCUAUAUUUAUUUUUUAACACACACACACAUAUAUAUAUAUAUAUAUAUAUAUAUAUAUAUAUAUAUAUAUAUAUGUGUGUGUGUGUGUGUUAAAAAAUAAAUAUAGAUGUUAUUUCGUUCUAACUGUAUUGUGAUAUUUAUAUAUAUAUAUAUCUCAAAAUACACGUAGAACAAAAUAUAUAUCUAUAUACAUAAAUAUAUACAUAUAUAACUGUAUAUAAAUAAAAAUAUUUGAAAAUUAUAUAUACAUAUAUUCACAUAUAUGUGUGUGUGUGUGUGUGUAUAUAUAUAUAUAUAUAUAUAUAUAUAUAUAUAUAUAUAUAUAUAUAUAUAUAUUAAUUCUACAUAUAUAUUUAUAUAAUAUUUUUACAUAAUUAGGAAUCUUAAUUACAAUUAGCGGGACCUGCCUGACAACCCAUGCCGAAAGUAAAGGGAAUUUAAUUUGCUAGCACUAUAUUUAACCCUAUAACUUUCCAAGACACCAUAAAACCUGUACAUGGGGGGUACUUUUCUACUUGGGAGACUUCGCUGAACACAAAUAUUAGUGUUUCAAAAUAGUAAAAUGUAUUACAACGAUAAUAUCGCCAGUAAAAGUGAUGUUUUUUUGCGUUUUUUGUGUUCAGUGAAGUCUCCCGAGUACAAUAGUACUCCUCAUGUACAGGUUUUAUGGUGUUUUCAAAAGUUACAGCAUAAAAUAUAAGGCUUGUGUUUCAUUUUUUUUCACAUUAAAAUUUGCCAGAUUUUUUACGUUGCCUUUGAGACCCUAUGGUAGCCCAAGAAUGAAAAUUACCCCUAUGAUGGCAUACCAUUUGCAAUAGUAGACAACCCAAGGUAUUGCAAACGGGGUAUGUCCAGUCUUUUUUAGUAGCCACUUAGUCACAAACACUGGCCAAAAUUGGCAGUUUUUGCAUUUUUCACACACAAAAAAAUACUAACACUAACUUUGGCCAGUGUUUGUGACCAGAUGGCUACUAACAAAGACUGGACAUACCCCAUUUGCAAUACCUUGGGUUGUCUAAUAUUGCAAAUGAUAUGCCACUAUGGCUGUAAAUUUCUUUCCUGGGCUACUAUAAAGUCCCAAAGGCAAUGUAACCAAUCUGGCGAAUUUCAGUUUCAAAUGUAACAUGCUAUAUUUGACCCUGUAACUUCCCAAAACGCCAUAAAACCUGUACAUAGGGGGUACUGUUUUACACGUGAGACUUUGCUGAAUACAAAUAUGUUUAUUUUAUUGCAGUAAAAGCAAACAGUAUUAUGACAUUGACCGUUAAAAUGUCUUGUAGAACUAAAAAAAUCAAAAAAAAUAUUUUCUCCCAAUUUUUUCAUAUUAAAUUAUGUUUCAUAGCUAAAUAUUUGAUAUUAAAUGAAAGCCCUGUUUCCCUUGAAUAAAAUGAUAUAUAAUAAGGGUGGGUGCAUUUAAUAUGAAAGAGGUGAAUUACGGUUGGACAGACAUGUAGCGCAAAUGCCAGGUUUUGUUUACAUUUUGUUUCGUUCACAACGUGUACAUUUGGCACCGUCCUUAAGGGGUUAAUACCAUCAACCAAAGAACCAACUGCACUCCGCCUACUUUUCAUGUAUGUAUAGUUUAUAUUUUGUAAGAAUAGAGAGGUAAUCAAACAGGUGUUUUAGAGUGUGUUGGUAUACAUUAGGGCUGCACACGAGGACUUUGUAUAUAUUGUUGUUUUUUGUCAUAUCCCAUGCUGAAACCGAGAUCAGGCAGGAUUGAUUUAAUUCGUAUGAUGGCAAAAUCUCCAAAAACAUAUUGUACCUUAGCUGUGUCCUCUUCCUAAAGGAAGUAUGGUGUGACAUGAUGAAAGAAAAUAUAAAUAAUUUGCAGAGACUUUUUGUCUGUGAAAUGCCAGUUAAAUUUAACAUAGCUCGGUGUGGAGCAGCCUCUAAUCUACAUCGAUCACAUCAAACGUGAAAAAUUCCAACUUCCUCCUUUUACUCCAGUGUGAAUAUUUAUUGUAUUUACAUAUUUAUGAAUACAUAAUGCAUGGAAGAUAGGAAACAUUCAGAGUAAUAGUGUAGUCAUUAUAUAAAGCAUGUUUUAGCUAUGAGGUAGGUAAUUGUGCAUUUACACAUCAUUGAUCAGAGGGUUGUUCAUAUUUAUAACCUGUGAUCCAGGGUUUCCAGUGUGUUAGUGUAUAAUAUUAUCCAUAUGUAGAGAUUGGAAAGAGAAUGUGUCAAAGCACAUUACUGAAUAUUGUAUAGAUACCUUGUGGGUCAAUAAGUGUCACCACAUCCUUUAAAUGGGGAACUGUCCUUUAUAGAAUACUAUAGCUGUUUGAUAGAAAGAAAAAUUACAAGAUCUACAGGCGCCGUAGUAGGCCUGUGCACCCACCUCUGCUCCACUAUCCAAUGCCCAGCCUGGGCGUCUAUGAGAGACAAGCAGGUGUUAACGUACUGUUAGUGUUUCUUCAGCUGUGUAUCUUAGUGUGAUACCUACCUAACUCUGAUCUAGACAUCCAUGCCCUACCUAACUCUGCUCUACCUAACUCUGAUCUAGACAUCACCUUUAUAUACAAUUGUCUACCUGGAACCCUCGUUCAGUGCGGGAAGGAGCCAGUGGUCAUGCGGAAGGUAAUCUUUCCCUAUGCCAAACUGCAUAUGAGAUAUGGGAAAUAAGGAGGGUUCUGAGACCUGAUCCUCGUUGGACACCCAUAUUGAGGCUACCUCCAUACAUGACUCUCAAUAGUUUUUUAUAAAUGUUUUGGGAUUUUUCCUAAAUAUUGCUAUUGGAAGCCACUUUCAGAGUGUAGUGAAUAACCCAUUGAGGUGUAAGAGCAGGAUGUCUAUAAUAAUAACUAGUAUUUAUAUAGCACCUUUCUACCUGUGGGACUCGAUGCUUUUCAACGCACGCUCUUGGAAUUAACCAAAUUGGCAGCUGAAUAGUAAUAGAUGUUAUUAUUAGCCAAUUGAUGGGACUCAUUUUAGUUUAGUUUCUGAGUUGACCCUGCCAGGAUUUGAACCUGUGACCUUGCAUUUUUGAACAGGUUUUUACCUGUUUUUUAGUCAGGGAAUUUACCACUGAGCUACCUCAUGACAGUUGUUCGUUAACAAGGGAGAAUUCCAGAGACCGGUUAUUUCAUCUUCUGGGCCAAAAUAGCUGAAUAGGAAUAAUUCUCCAAGUCAGGAAUGCUAAAUCUGAAUCCUUGGGCAUGCACUUGAAAUUCACUCUGACUUUCUGAUCACACUUUAGGGAAUAACACUGUCUGUUUUUUGAACCAAUGUCAAACCACUAGAGCAGCUUUAGGAUUUGAUGGCAUAGGGGAUUUGCAGAUAAAUGUGUAGCCAACAAAUAUGAUGUCCUAUCAACAUGGACCAGAAUCUCCAAUCAAUGUUUCCAGCUACGUACUGUUGGGAAGUGUUUUUGGUUUCACAUACAUGAGCUGAUUCUAACUUAAUUACACGGUUUAUAGAGUAUCACAGUGCUGUACGGUAUCACACAUGUCUACACAUACUCUACCUGAGAUUGUGCAGCACCUUGAGUUCUACACGUGUAUAGAAUUUAUAGAAUGAAAACACAAGCAGAUAACCACGUGCUCUUGUUGGUAUUGUAACCUUUCUGGCAUUAAGCUGUUUAAGUACAUACUAUAAAGUUAUAAACUUAAAAAGUUUGCUCAUUCUGGACUUUAAAUAGGUUUAUGACCCUAAUUUGAAAUGACAAGAGGCUUAACCUGGAAUUUUUUCAAUGGGGUUAACCUUCACAAAGAAGACCUACAUAUGUAUAUUUGAGUCUAUAAAAAAACAAGAAUGUCAUAUUUCUGAUCUUAUAUCUGGAAAAUAUUGUAUUUUUCCAGUCAAUGUCUGUCACUUUGCAGGUUGGAAAAUUAUAUUUUGGCACAAAAAUGCAAAACUGUUCAGAGCUCUGUGUCAAAGCCCAUCCAUACUUAUUGCGCCAUAAUCUCACACGUUACCAUUGUUUUUCUCACAAUAUUUGUUGAGUUGGCUGGGCCUAAACUCCCUUAAAGGGACACUAUAGUCACGUGAACAACUUUAGCUUAAUGAAGCAGUUUUGGUGUCUAGAACAUGCCCCUGUAGCCUCACUGCUCAAUCCUCUGCCAUUUAGGAGUUAAAUCCCUUUGUUUAUGAACCCUAGUCACACCUCCCUGCAUGUGACUUGCACAGUCUUCCAUAAACACUUCCUGUAAAGAGAGCCCUAUUUAGGCUUUCUUUAUUGCAAGUUCUGUUUAAUUAAGAUUUUCUUAUCCCCUGCUAAAUGGCAGUGAAAUUGCAGGGGAAUGAUCUAUACACUAAAACUGUUUUAUUUAGCUAAAGUAGUUUAGGUGACUAUAGUGUUCCUUUAAAGCAGAAAUGUCACUUCCCAGGUUUUUUUAAUAUAUUUGUUUUCCUAUAUUUAAGAAAUAUGAAUUUGUGAGGUUUGAAAAAUAAAAUGUCGAAAUCAACACGUCUUUAUCCUGCAAAUGGGCGCCUCCCUCUUGGCUUCCUGUCAAUCAUUGUUAUAAGCUCUGUCCUCUGCACCUGGCAGUCUGCACAGAGAGAGCAUACAGAGAAGAGGAGAAAUGGAACAAUAUUUCCAUUUCAUCUCUUCAUUUGCAUUAUGUGCCCUGGCUUUGCCUUGUUUGGACUAAUUAUGUAAUAUUUGCAAAACCAUUUAUAUGUAUUGCAAAGAACAAUGAGCAUCUCAUGGAAAAUGGUUAACACGAGUUAUGUGAUAUUUCAGUGACCGUCCCUCUUUAAUAACAGCCUCUGGGCAAGUUACAUGUUCACUCUUAUAGGGGAUCUGAUUAGAGCCAAUAUGAAGCUUGUUUUUUUUUUUUUUUUUUAAAUGUUGUGUAUUUUCUACAGAGCAGACCCGUAUGCAGAUCCGUACUACGACAUGGAAAUGGACAGAUUUUGGCGCGGAGGACAGUAUGAAAAUUUUCGAGUCCAGUACACAGAGACCGAGCCAUACCGCUACAGGGUAAGUGAUCCCAACCAUAGCUAGCGAUAAAAAGCAUAAGCGUAAUUGCCAAAAUGUAAGGGUUUUACAAAAAAGACAAUUGCUGGCAGGUCUUUAUGGGGUUAAAUAAAUUAAUCUGUGUUUUGUAGAAGAUGCAGAAUGGCCAUUAGCUUAUUUUCCUUUUGUUCAAAUAAUUGUUGUAUUAGAAGUAGACCUAAUGGCCACUGUCGUCAUAUUCUGAUUUCCAUAAAGGAACGAGAGCGUGACAAGGAUAGAGACAGGCAGCGUGACCGAGAAAGGGAACGAGAGCGUGAUCGAGACCGGGAGCGCCGACAGCGGGAGAGGGAGCGUGAACGCGAGCGAGAGAGAGAUAAGGAGCGUCAGAAGCGGAAAGAAGAAUGGGAAAGAGACAGGACCAAAAGGGACGACAAAGAUCGUCCGAAAGAUAGGGAGAAAGACAAGGAAAAGGACAAGGAGAAGGAGAAGACCAAAAUAAAGUCACCUCUCCUUCCAAGGUAGGUCAUCCUCAUAGUCUGUGAAUUCACAUUGUUGGGCAGAAUUCUAUAGCAGUGAGUCUUUUUCAUCGUAUGAUUAUGUAUAAAUGCAAUCUGCACAACAUGCACAGAACAUGUACUGUGCCUUUUAGUUAACGUAAAGGGUAUGACAUUUGUGGUAUAUAUUGUGCCAUGAAGUUGUUAUAAAGAAUAAAGAUGUAGGACAGCGUCUGAAUUGCUUUGAAUAUUUGGAAAAAGAUGAUGCUUUAACAGAACAUGGGCAGAGUUUCACAGAUACGUAUGGUGUAUGGUACUAACAAUGUUUAUUACAGAUUAUCUUUACCUUCAAGUACCUGUUUAGGACUAUGAUACAUAAGAACAGAAGGUUUUUAAGAGUACACUCGAUCCCAGUAUCCACUACCUUUAUUUUUGGUCCUCUCUCUUCCAGUCCUAAUCUGCUUAGUUGUUGUUAUAUAGUACUAUAUGCCGAAAAAAGUUAAUAAAGUCCAUAAAGUUAGCUUUCACACAUCCCUUACUGCUUUUGACCAUCCAUGGGCCUCUUCGAUUGAUUUGCUUUCUAGCUAACUUCCAUCUUCAUAACAGACUUCCUGCCAUCCUAGCACUCACUCACUUUAUAUUAGGGUGUCUUCCUCUUACAUACAUAUGGGGCAUCUUCCAAAUCCAAAGACUCGCUCCCUUAUUUAUAGGAUUCUUCCCAUCCCAGCACCUGCAGUUUAUUUUAGGACCCCUUGUCUGUGUAAUUACGUAUCAAACUUGCAACAUAAGGGUUUUCGGCUGAAGAGGAAUUUUUACGUAAGCUCUGCUUGUAACAGUACUGUCCAGUCAUGGCCCACCAGUCGGUUAACAAAAUUUCCAUUAUUCUGUGAUUGCCGAAGGUAUUUUGGUAAAGAUAGUACAAAGUUUUGUGCAUUGGACACCCCAGCUCAUAAUAAGAUGGGCAGCAUCUUGUCCAAUUCAUGAUUUAUUAAGAUUGUCUUGUAAUGCUUUGUUGGCCCCACUGCAUGGUGUAUGUGUUCUCCAGAGAUGCUGUGUUUAAUGAGUGGCCACAAGGCACAUCCCACCUAUUGUUUAGCUACGACCCUCGUGAUGUUUUAUGAGGUUGCUUAUAAUGAAUGACUGAUUCCAGAAUGGCUUCUCUUGGUUUCUGUAAUGUUGUGCAGCAGAGGGUUGCCUGGCUGCACUGCCGUGUACAGUAAAACUUUAGAAGAUUCCAAAAUAGAAUAUUGAUUGCCUACUCCCAUCUCUGACAGUCUAAACAGUCUAUCUGUUGUGAUGGAAGAUUACUGAACUCCCAACGACUUAGCUUAACGGAGCUGCCAGCAAACUUUCCCCAGUCAGGUCAAUCACUGCUAUACGCGAUCUGUACUUUCCAAACAUAUUAUGUGGCUAUUAUAGACUUGCUGUGUUUCCCCUUUGCACAGCUCUCAUUCAUUGUUUGACAAGUGAGAUUGAAGGACUUUUUUUCUUUUUCUUUUUUUUUCUGGUCAGUCUUCCUGGUGCUGUGAUGUCAUUAGCAUUUCCUCUAAUAGUUUCACUUUCUGACUGAGGCCAUGUGAUCGCUUAGUGACCCAGCAGGUUUUUAAACGAAUUGCAGCUUUAUGGAGCUGUCACUAAAACCUUUUUUAAAAAAAAAUUUAUUUAGCAUUUUAUUUACUUUCUAGAAAUAACAGACAGAUUUGUUUUUCUCUAGUCCAGCUAUUUUAGCCUCAAAUUUGUAAUUACCUCAUAACUUCCAGACACAUCCUGCUUUUGGUAAAUAAUUCGGGUACUCCUUUAAUCUAGGGUUUCCACCAGCCAAAUGUUCAGAAUUCUGCAAAUGGUUGUCCUGCUAGGCCUGCCAUGUAGUCAGCAACUUGCUGGGCAGGUAUAACUCUGUCCAUGCCGACUGUGUCUCUAGAUCGUCCCGUAACCAUCUAUCUACACAUUCAUAUAGAGUGAAAACCAGGCCAGCCUGAUCCAUGACCUCUCAUCGCACUGUUACAUGAUACACAUUGACAGGUUCAGAGCCUUCAUGCCUGGAGGGCAAAUGCAUAGGUAGUCUGGGCAUCUGGGAAGAGGCCUAAAAUAGAAUACUUUAUAGAGUAGUGUGUAGCCUUUAUUAAUUGGUUGCAUAUAUUAUUUAAAGAGCCUAUUGCAUAUUAACCAAAUUUGAUGAUCUGAACAAUGUCUAGCGCCGGAAUCCCCAGAAGGAAGAGGUUAAUCUCUUUAUGCUGUUACAGCGUUCUAUGCCGUCCCACAUUAAGUGGGCUUAAAAGUCUCUACGGCAGUGUAGAACGUUGUAAUGGUGUCCAGUUCCUGAGCCCCCUUACCUACCCUAGCGAUCUGCUUCUGGGCACUAGGAUAUAGAUAUAUAUAUAUAUAUAUCAACUAAUGAAGUCCUUGUUUAGUUGCACCAGGUGUGCUUGAGUUGGAACACUUGAAAUAUCUAAACUGGCUAAGCGUUUGUUGAGUAUCGUGUUUGUUGAGUAUCACAUUUGACUGUGUGUUAAAUAUAUGGCUAAGUCAAAAGAAUGGUACACAAAGUUAAAGGAACACUAUAGGCACCCAGACAACUUCAGCUCAUUGAAGUGGUAUGGGUGCAGUGCCACUGUCUGUUUAACCCUGCAAUUUUAAUUAUUGCAGUUAUUGAUAAACUGCAAUAAUUACAUUGCUUGGUUAACUCCACCUGUAGUAGCUGUCUACCAGACUCGAGGCUCUUCAGUGUCAAUUAGGCAACCAAAAGUCACCUAACGAUCUGGGAUGUCCUCGCGCUUUGUAUGAGGACAUCUAUUGUCCACUAAAACCCCAUAAUAAAGCAUUGUUUCAAUGCUUAAACAACAAAGUAUGCUCAAACUACUGGAUAACCAAUCCAGAGAUAUGAGUAUCAACUGGAAGUCUAAAUAGAUGGAAAUAAUAUUACAUAAAGUAUAGGAUAGUAGAUGAAACGGUAUAAGUGUAUAAUCGUACUCCCAAGCUAAAGGUCAGAAAAAAGUUACAAAUCACUACUGCCAAAUGGCUGUACCUCCACUGCUUGUGUCUCUAUGGUUAUCUGUACUAACUCAGACUCCAGACUUUAAUUAUAUAUACUCGGUCAAUGUCGGAAAAUAAAUAGUAAAACAUAUAUACACACCAUGGACCUCAAGCCUGGUCUGAAACCCGCAGUGUCAACUUCCAGUUGAUACUCGUAUAUCUGGAUUGGUUAUCCACUAGUUUGAGCCUACUUUGUUGUUUUAGCAAUAGGGGUUAAGCCCCAUGACACUUCUGGAGUUUCAAUUAAGGUGUUCUUUCUACGAGAUAUGUGGAUUAGCCCUGUGUUUGACAACCACUACUCGUAGAUCUAGUUUUCCUUUGGAUUGUUUCAAUGCGUUCCUAUGAAGUUGUCCUAAUGCGAUCACCGCGCAUACGCAGUAGGUCCUCAACAUUGUCUGAGGAGAAGAUGCGGAGCCUGACCAAGCGCCAAGGGACGUCGGCACUGGAUUCAGGUAAGUAACAGACUGUGUUUUUUUGUUUUUUUUUUACCCUUUCUCCGGGGGAUCAUCGCCCUUCACAGGCAAGGAACAGGAUACAAGGAGAUAGCGAAGGCACUGACAGUUCCUAGCAACACCGUUGGAAGCGUAGUUCACAAGUUCAAAGUUGAAGAAUCAGUGGUUAUACUACCUGGAUGGGGCAGAAAAAGGAAGCUAUCAAUGGCUGCAAACAGAUUUCUCAGAAGGCAGGUAGUGAAAAACCCUUGAGCGACUGCAAAAGACCUGUAGCAAGACUUUGUCACAACAGGCACUGAGGUUUCAGUAACUACAAUAAGGCGUGUACCAAACACAGAUGUUUUCCAUGCCAGAACUCCGACAUACACCACUACUGACUCAAAAGCACAAAAAGUUCGCUCCAAUAUGCUCAAAAUCAAAUACGCAGAAGUUUUGGAAUUCUGAUAUGUGGAGCAAUGAAACAAAACUGGAACUUUUCUGACCAGUGGAACAGCUGUAUGUCUGGAGGAAGAAUGAUGAUGAAUAUAUUGAAAAGAACAUUCUGCCUCCGGUAAGCAUGGUUGUGGCUCAGUAAUGCUAUGGGGAUGCUUUGCAUACUCUGACACUGGAAACCUGCAGUGUGGAAGGCAAGAUAGAUUAAUUGAAAUAUCAGGAAAUCCUAGGAGAAAAUAUCAUGCCGUCUCUGCGUCAUUGGACCUUCCAACAAGACAGUCAUCCCAAGCAUACCUCAAAUUCCACUUAGGUUUGGUUGCAGAGGAAGUCCUAGAAAAUCCUACAGUGGUCUUCAUAUACCUGACUUGAACCCCAUAGAAAAUCUCUGGUGGGGUUUGAAGAAGGCCGUUACAGCAUGCAAACCCAAUAAUAUAACUGAAUUAUGAGCAAUGGGCUAACGUUCCUCAGGAACGCUGCCAGAAGCUGGUGUCUGGCUAUGCAUCUCAUUUACAGCAGGUCAUAACCGCAAAAGGUGCUCCACUAAAUACUGACGAUGCUUGCCAUGUAGAGGUUGAAUAAUUUUGAGACUGGAGAAGGCAUUAUAAGUUGCAUUUUCAAUGGGAUUUGGGGAAACCACUUGAAGCAUUCAUUGUGUUUUUAGCAAUUUCAGUUGCUUUUGUUUGAUUUGCUCACUGCAAACAGCAGAAAGUCUGUAAAUUUGGGGGUUGAAUAAUUUUGAUUGCAACUGUGUAUAUAUUUUUACACAAAUAUAAAUAUACAUUAACCCCUUGUGGACAACGGAUAUGCUAUGCCAUCCUAAACACUGCUGGGCGGCAUAGCACGUCUUUGCCGUCCUUUCUACUUACCUGACCGUCGCCAUUCCCACUCUGACAUCAUCAGGCAAUCCCCCUUUGGAAAAUCCAGCCUUCCCGGACCUUGUGAUCAUGAUGACUUCACAAUUCCAUGGCUGGAAUAGCAGAUUUCAUCACUGCCUGGGAUGUCAGGCAGUCCCCCAAACGGUAAAAUACAGGUGGUCCUCAUUUAGCGACCUACCUGUUUUACGACCGCCGUCGUAGGGUUUCCCUGCUCUGGUGCGCAUGUCUACGUUUGGGGAAACUUCCCUGAACAUAGAUGAACACACCAGAGCAGGGAAUCCCUUAACUCCUCACUUACCAACCAAUUCGUUCUACGACUGGGUCGUAGGAACGGAAUCCAGUUUGUAAGUGAGAAGUGUCUGUAGUCAGAAAAAAUGAAUUGCACACAUUUAUUGGUAAAAUCUACUUAGAUCAUAUACAUAUAUAGACCACGCUGGAGAUUAUCUAUUUCCCUUCAGCGUGGUCUUGGCCCUCAUACUCCUGUCUUGUUCCUGCUACGGUGCAACCUUGUGCCUUGUAAAUAAUAAUUACAAAAACGUAUUUAUUUUUUUGUACAAAAAAAUAUUUUCUUUGUGCAGAGGGUAUACACAUUAUACGGUCAGCGUCUCAGUCCCACACUUUAGAUUCGUUAAGUAUAAAACAAACUUGGUGUACCUCUUUGUGCUUGGGUAGAUAUUACCUUUUUAUGCAUGAACGCUACUUUGUAAAGGUGACCUUUGGCAUUUCAUUUAUUGUUUUGGUUAUUUAAAUAUUUCUUGACAAUGAACAGCUUAUAUAUACAUUUAGAAAAAGAAGGAUAUAUAGACACUCUCUAUAUAUUUCCUAGUACUUCUCCCUAGUAUUACAGCAAUCCAUUUUCAAGUACAUUAGUGGACUGCAGUGAUAUUUAAUUAAUAUCGAUUUAGUUUAUUGAGGGAUUUCUACUUUUGUCUGUUUUUUCAUAAGACUAUUGUACUCUAUUACAUUUCCUCUGUAAUACUAAUUACUCAAUUAUUUUGAGUUAGACUAUACCCAGGUUUUUAAUGGGUGUUGGCACUUAUCACGUUUUUUGACAUUUAAUUUUCGUAUUCAAUAAAGAUUUUUAUUUUUAUGUGACACUCGACACUAGGAGGUAUUUUCCUAUGGGUCGGCAUUUCCACUCACUAGUUGUGAGCGGAUCUUCCGCCCCAUUCUUUUUCUAAUUGAUAUAAGCGUUUGGAGUCAGGCCCCUUAUACCUCCUGUAACCUUUAUAGGUAGAGGAUGUGAUCUUUCAUCCCCUCUCCUUUUCUCUCUUUUUCAGCUUAUAUAUACAUUUUUGAUGCCAUCAAGAGCCUAAAUAUUUUGAGCUAUAAUUAUUUUUUCAUACAUACACCUUGUGCCUUGUUUCAGUUGGUCUCUGCAAUUACAUUAGGUGCAUUGGCACAACUUUUCAGGUAGUGUCCGUUUGGAUGCACAUUUGGGCGCUCACUGAGAAUUUAUCUAUUUGGCGUUUCAGCAUAGUUCUGGUUCUUUCUCCAGCCUCCUCUAUUGAUUAUUUCUUUAUUUGUUUUUUUUCCAUGACUUUGCAGCCUGUAAAUAGUUUCGUUGUUCAUUUCAAACUUUCGUUUCUUGAAUUUCCCCAUCUCACUUAGGGGAUUACUGGCGGUUCCUAUUUAUCAGUGGGUUUUAUUGACACUUAUCUGCAUGGGUAUACUGACUUAUCUGCAUGGGUAUAUUGCAUUGGUAUACUGACCCUGUUCUAUUUUUGCUUAGAUUAGCGACAUUUAGUGAAUCUUCCUCAACGUGGCUAUUGCAAAUGUAUUGGUGUUUCAAAUAACAUGUAAUUAAUUAUGCUGAUUGAUGAAACUUUGUUGUAAAAUCACUUCGUUUACUGCCUGUAUAUUUUGUUUCAUGUUUCAAUGUGGUUGUCUUUUUAAAAAAUAAAAAAAAAGUGUACCACCUCUGGACAAUAAAGAAAAUAUUGAUUGCACAAGAAUAUAGAAUAGAAUAUAGAAGAAAAAAUAUAUAACAUACAAAAUACACAAUCCAGCGCACUCGCUUAUUCACUAAACCAUGGUUUAAAAUCUUAAAGAAUGUAAUAAUUUUAUUUAAAAACACCUCACCUAGGCAAAAAAUAAUGGGGGUUUAGUGACAUUUUAUAAUCAUACAUUCCAUAAGCCUGCCACAACGCCAAUGUACCCCAUUCUUGGCAGGUCCUACUCUAGCAGCCUAAUGCUUGCUCUUAUGAGAUUAAUCCACUUACUCGGGAAAUGGAUCCAUCUCAUAAAGGCAGGCAUUGGGCUGCUAGAGUAGGACCUGCCAAGAAUGGGGUACAUUGACGUUGUGGCAGGCUUAUGCAAUAUAUGAUCAUAUAAUGUAACUAAACCCCCAUUAUUUUUUACCUAGUGGAGGGGUUUUUAAAUAAAAUGAUUCCAUUCUGUAAGAUUUUAAAUCACUGUUUAGUGAAUAAGCAAGUGCCCUGGAUUGUGUAUUUUGUAUGUUGUGUAUAUAUUGGCCCCAGCAGCACCCUAUACUGUUUGCAUGUUCAGGUGAGUGCAGCCCUCUUGGUUGGUUGUGUCUGUCUGUCUGUGUGUGUGUGUCUGUCUCUGUCUGUGUCAUUCUGUCUGUCUCUGUGUCUGUCUGUUCGUGUGUUUUCUUUUUACAUAAGUCAUUUUAUUAAUUACAAUUUGAUGGACCGGCCUGACAACCCAGGCAGAGAAUUUAAUUUGCAAGCCCCAUAUUUAACCCUGUAUGAUUCCAAAACACCAUAAAACCUGUACCCGAAAGGUACUAAAUUAAUAUGUAUCAUGGUGAUAUUAUCAUUGAAAGUGACGUUUGUGUGAAACAAAUAUGAACAAUAGCUUUGACCAGGAUGUGUGACUAAGUGGCUACUAAAAAAAGACUAGACAUACAUUUUGAAUACCCUGGAUUGUCUACUUUUGCAAAUGGUAUGCCAUAAUGUGGGUAAUUCUCAUUCCUGGGCUGCCAUAUGGUCUCAAAGGCAACUUAACCAAACUAGCAAAAUUCAGUGUGUAAAAAUUGAAAUGGGCAAGCUUUAUAUUUGGCCUUGUAACUUUCCAAAACACUAUAAAACCUGAACAUGUGGUACUGCACACAAAUAUGAGCAUUUCAAACCAGUAAAACGUAUUUACUAUGCGAUGAUAUCGUUUGGUAAAAAAAAAAAAAUUCAAAUAUGAAUGCUAACUCUGGCCAGGGUUUCUGACUACGUGGCUACUGAAAACGACUGGACAUAUAUCCCAUCUUGCGUACCAUGGGUCGUCUGCUUUUGCAAAUGGUAUGCCAUAAUGGGAAUAAUUCUCAUUUCUGGGCUGUCAUGUCUCAAAGCCAUCAUAGGACCAACAAACCAUACUGGCAAAUUUCCUAUAUUUGACUCUGUAACUUUCCAAAACACCAUAAACCUUGUACAUGGGGGGUACAUUUAUAUACAAUAGACAUUGCUGAACACAAAUAUGUAUAUUUUAUGUCAGCAAAAGCCAACAGUAUAAUGACAUUCACAGUUAAAAUGCCACGCAGAACUAAAAAAAUAAACACAAAAACCCCAAAACAUCUCACACUUAUUGAUAUUAAAUGGUUUCAUAUAUUAUGUGAUGAAAUGAAAGAACAAAAUGAUAUAUAUCAAGUGUAGGUGCACUCAAUAAGUGGUGGUUGAACAGACCUAUAGCUUAAAUUCCAGGUUUAGUUUUGAUCAGAACUUGUACAAUUGCCUCCGUCCUUAAAGGGAAACUGUAGUGCCAGGAAAACAAACUCUCUUUCCUGGCACUAUAGCUUCCCUCUCUGCCAAGGCUCCCUCCUGUGGCGCUGAAGGGGUUAAUAACCUCUUUAGUCACUUACCUAGGUCCAGCGUCGAUGUCCCUCAGCGCUGGCUCCGCUCUGGCAGGUGUCGGCGGGGGAGACCUAAUGCGCAUGCGCCGCAGUGGCCACGCUCGCAUUAGGAUCUCCCCAUAGGAAACCAUUAUUCGAUGCUUUACUAAUGGGAAAAUCUGACACUGGAGGUCCUCAUGCAGAGCGUGAGGACGUUCAGCGUCUGAUAACGGACCAAAAGUCUGUUUCGAUUCCGGAAGUUCCUGUAGUGGCUCUCUGGUAGAGCAGGAGUUAACCCUCAGAUGUAAUUAUUGCAGUUUAUAAAAACUGCAAUAAUUACCACUACAUGGUUACGGGUGAUGGGAGUUUGCACCCUGACCACUUCAAUGAGCUGAAGUGGUCUGGAUGCCCACAGUGUCCAUUUAAGGGGUUAAGUUGUAAAAGUGCCAAUUUCUAUUGAAAUCUGCACAUUUUGAAAAUAUGAAGGGGAAAAGACUCGCUCUUCACACAUGAAGAACUUCCCAAGCUAUAGUGUUUUAUGUGUUUGCAGUGUUCAUGUGUAUGUUUAUUGUGUAUAUUCGGAGCAUAUUGUCGCUGGGCUGUGAGCACCCAGUAGUUGUCCAGCUGUUUGCAGUGGAUAUAAGCAUAUUGUUGGCAGGGUUUGAAGAUGCACCUGGUAUUACAUUUAAUGUGGCCAGGAGUGUCUAGAGCACAUGUGCUGGUAGUAUGUGGUUCAUGUGCAAAAAGUCUCCCCUCCUUGCUCUCACACGAAGGGCUCUGUAUCAUACACUUCUCUACCCUCUCUGUCUGAUUGGUUGGGUAGGUGGGGAGUUGACAUGUUGCACCAUGCACCCCCAAACAUACUGUCUGCUGGUAAAAGGUCCUGAGAGUUGCCGUUUAAUAAUAAAGAACUACCUGUUCGUGCCCACGGCUACACAUUUGCAGAAUACAGUUUCCAUGCACUACCCAAAGACACAGUACAUGUUUGCAGAGUUUAGGGAAAAGGGGUGCACUUGGCAAUGUGAUAAUGGGGCAGGGAUAGGGAAGCUGGUAGAUAAUUCUGCCUGAAGGCAAUUUUCAAGCUUCAGAGAUGCUUCAUAAAGUCCUCCAGGAGGUCGAAACGUUGUCACCUAUUUUGUAGGAGCUAAUUAAAGGCUGCUUACUUCACCAUUACCUGUGAUAUGAUUGUAAAAGAAGUUGGUUAGAUAGGUUUAAUCAUUUCUAGAUGUAAAUAUAUUGGCACUCCGUGUCGUGUUUCUGGGAUUCCAAUCAUUCCUGCACGUUAAUGUGUUUUCCCAAGCCUUCGGGUGUUUAAAGAGUGCUACUAUUAAUAGGCAGUCUAUUAAUAUCCCAUUGGGACAGUUUCUAAAUAUAACUCGGGCUGUUGUGUCAAUAAGAAGGCUGUUUACCUGUAACGAGCCUGUCAGCCUAUCUACAAAAACCAAUGGCUGCACAUACAGGAAUGUUUGACCAAAAUAGACAUAUUUAAUUCCUUAAAUUAUAUAUGAAAAGAGGAAAUGGAUCUAUAAAUUUCUAGUCGCUGUCAUCUUUUUAAAUCUGCAUUCAGGGCAAAUAAUGCCGUCCAGGGUUCCUGGGGACCAUAUAAAGCUGCUGCCCAGUAGUAUAACUCCCAAUAAUCUCAGUAAGCUCUGCCUUGAGGUUAGUGCCCCCUGUACUGAAUGGUAUCUGCCAUACACCAAGGUUAAUAAAUUAUAGAUGGCAUCGCCCAUAGUGCUACACGGGGUUCGAUAUGAUGUCAUUUAUUUUAGUAUUUUGCCAUUAAAUUAAAACACUGUGGGGUUAUUCACUGAACAAGGAUCUGCAGAUCCACUGAAAUUGCACAUUUAGGCACAUAUAUAUAUUAUAUGAAACCCAUCAACCUGUGCUGUUGAGGAUAUUCAAUCACUAACUUGCAAGCACUUACCUGUGGAUCCAGAUUGAAUUGCAAUAUUUAGUGAAUAGAUACGUUUUGUGAUUUUUCAAAAGUAGGUGAAACCACUAUAUUGAUGUUUAUUUACUUCAUAGACCAUGUGCAGCUGCUAACUGUGUGUCCGUGCACUGAGCUGUCUCUGCACCACUCAGCUGUGUCCGUGCACUGAGCUGUCUCUGCACCACUCAGCUGUGUGUCCGUGCACUGAGCUGUCUCUGCACCACUCAGCUGUGUGUCCGUGCACUGAGCUGUCUCUGCACCACUCAGCUGUGUGUCCGUUCACAGAGCUGUCUCUGCACCACUCAGCUGUGUGUUCGUGCACAGAGCUGUCUAUUGUCUGCAUUGUGCUGUCUCUGGUAUAUUACUGUGUCUCUUGUCUGUGUGUCAGUGCAUUGAGCUGUCUUUGGUUUCUCGCUGUGUUAGUAGACUGAGCUGUCUCUUGUCUGUCAAUUCAUUGAGCUGUCUCUGGUAUCUUACUUGUGUCUCUUCUCUGUGUGUCAGUGCAUUGCUCUCUGGUAUCUUACUGUGUCUCUUGUCUGUGUCAGUGAAUUGAGUGGUCUCUGGUAUCUUGCUGUGUCUCUUGUCUGUGUCAGUGCAUUGCGCUCUCUGGUAUCUGACUGUGUGUCAGUGCAUUGAGCUGCCUCUGGUAUCUUACUGUGUCUCUUAUCUGUGUGCCAGCGCAUUGCGCUGUCUCUGGUAUCUUACUGUGUCUCUUCUGUGUGUCCGUGCAUUGAGCUCUCUGGUAUCUUGCUGUGUCUCUAGUCUGUGUGUCAGUGCAUUGAGCUGUCUCUGGUAUCUUACUGUAUCUCUUGUCUGUGUCAGUGCAUUGAGCUGUCUCUGGUAUCUUACUGUAUCUCUUGUCUCUGUGUCAGUGCAUUGAGCUGCCUCUGGUAUCUUACGGUGUCUCUUAUCUGUGUGUCAGCGCAUUGCGCUGUCUCUGGUAUCUUACUGUGUCUCUUCUGUGUGUCCGUGCAUUGAGCUCUCUGGUAUCUUGCUGUGUCUCUAGUCUGUGUGUCAGUGCAUUGAGCUGUCUCUCUGGUAUCUUACUGUGUCUCUUGUCUGUGUGUCAGUGCAUUGAGCUGUCUCUGGUAUCUUACUGUAUCUCUUGUCUGUGUGUCAGUGCAUUGAGCUGUCUCUCUGGUAUCUUACUGUGUGUCUAGUCUGUGUGUCCGUGCAUUGAGCUGUCUCUGGUAUCUUACUGUAUCUCUUGUCUGUGUGUCAGUGCAUUGAGCUGUCUCUCUGGUAUCUUACUGUGUGUCUAGUCUGUGUGUCCGUGCAUUGAGCUGUCUCUGGUAUCUUACUGUAUCUCUUGUCUGUGUGUCAGUGCAUUGAGCUGUCUCUGGUAUCUUGCUGUAUCUCUAGUCUGUAUGUCAGUGCAUUGAGCUGUCUCUGGUAUCUUACUGUGUCUCUAGUCUGUGUGUCAGUGCAUUGAGUGGUCUCUCUGGUAUCUUGUUGUGUCUCGUCUGUGUGUUAGUGCAUUGAGCUGUCUCUGGUAUCUUACUGUGUCUCUAGUCUGUGUGUCAGUGCAUUAAGCUGUCUCUGGUAGCUUACUGUCUCUUGUCUGUGUGUCAGUGCAUUGAGCUGUCUCUCUGGUAUCUUACUGUGUCUAGUCUGUGUGUCGGUGCAUUGAGCUGUCUCUGGUAUCUUACUGUAUCUCUGGUCUGUGUGUCAGUGCAUUGAGCUGUCUCUGGUAUCUUACUGUCUCUUGUCUGUGUGUCAGUGCAUUGAGCUGUCUCUGGUAUCUUACUGUGUCUCUAGUCUGUGUGUCAGUGCAUUGAGCUGUCUCUGGUAUCUUGCUGUGUCUCUAGUCUGUGUCAGUGCAUUGAGCUGUCUCUGGUAUCUUACUGUAUCUCUUGUCUGUGUGUCAGUGCAUUGAGCUGUCUCUGCUAUCUUGCUGUGUCAGUGCACUGAGCGCUCUCUGGGCCAGUUAAACAAUGGUUUCUGGGUAAUUUCUAGCAGACAGAUGGGAGACAAACCAAAAUAACCAGACAGCUCACAGCAUUAACAGACAGACCUACCAGGAGUCUGCUGAUAGGUCUAUAUGUGACUAUGUCAGGGGCACUUCUCCCAUUGUAUUGUGCUUCUGGUGGGCAUUUUGGACAGACCUGUAUCAUUCAUUUGCUUCCCACAGUUUAUUAAUACAUUAAUUUUUGUAGAUUGAUUUAUCAAUACUUUAUAUAGGAUUGUUUAUAUAGAUUGAUGCCCUUUAUAUCCGCUCCUGGUAUUAACUUCUAGUAUUUUUGUGGCUCUGUUUUUGUGCUUUAUUUUAAGGUUUUCUAUGUUUUUAGAGCAACAUUUAGUCGAUUUACCACUCUCUACCUUUUAGUGAGAUCUCUGUACAUUUUUUGUUCUCUUGUCACAUUAUUUCAAGGGGUACUUUUUCAUUUUAUGUUUACAUAUAAACCACACUUAGUGUCACAAUGAAAAGAAGACAUUUUUUGAUUCGGUUAAAAUGUUUUUGGGGAGGAAGGAUAAUUUUUAAUGUGGAUUUGUGAUUUUUAAAGCGAGAACCGAUUACCUUUUUAUGUUUUUACGUGACUGGUUGAUACUAUUUACAUGUUGCCAACAUAGUCACUUUACAAUUUAAAUAUGGGAAUCUAAAUAUAGAAUAUACGUGCACAUUAGUAUGACGUGGGCCCUGCUCCAAACGAGAUAGCAAUCCUGAGGAUGCUAAUUAACAUAUGAAUGUUUGAGAUUGGGCUUGACAUUGCCAGCCUGUGGGCACCUUGUUGAACAAUAAAACAAUGCACGGAAAUUAGGUUUGCAUGCCUGAUGUAAGAUGCAGAAAGGGUGUGUGUCCCUUUAAAUAUCCAGCAUGUUCCUUAUGUGCGGUUUGCUAAAUUUGGGAAUUUUACGGACCUGUAGGUGUGCCAAAAAAUCAUGAUAGUCCUUUAUCUUCUGAUGUAACAUAUAUCCUGUGAUGUCACACAUUCACUAUACCGGUUUUUUGGUUUUUCAAAGUAAGAGGAAAUAGUAAAAUUGGUUUCUGUGUGUACAUCAGACUGUAGACUAUGAAACCGUAUUUCCUUUUGCAUUUGAACAUCUUUGCAAGGGCAGUGUAAUGCAUAUAUGAUGCAAGAUACUCUGGGCUGAAUAAAUUGAGAUUUUUACUGCUCCGGUCAAAGGUAGGAUUUUGAUAGGUGUGGCUGGAUUUUACAAAUCUUGGCAGAGUUUUGAAUCCGUGGCGAUUAUUUCAGGAGCUGUUUUAUGAGAAAAGAUUGCUUGUAAAAUCACAGACUUAAUCACUAAAAAUAAGGCAGUGCAGUUAUUUAUUUUUUUUUUUUUAUAUAUAUAAAGUAGAACAUUGAAUAUAACAUUGAAAAUCAGCUUCCGUUUGCAUACAUUUUAUUUUCCCCCCCUCAAUGUACAUUUAGCAAAGCUUUUCACCAAGGUGAGAUUUGCCAAGGAUUCAAACGCAAUUUCAAAAUUUAGGUUAAAAAAGCCAAGUUAGAAAAAAAUCAGUUUUCAGCUGAGCUAUUUUGUCCUUCUAACGCUGAUUGACACGGAGGCACUCAUGAUAGCGCACACACUAAAUCUGUGUGUUACCUCUGUCUUUUUUUUUUUUUUUGGUUGCAUUCUGGGUAUUGAAAUAGAGGAUACGGGCUGGAAACCUUGGACACAACUAUAAUCUAUAAACCACUGUUUAGAAGUGUAUGUUCGACUACAAUUUCCUAGCAAAGGAUUAUGGGAGUGUAGUGAAAUUGAGAGUAAAGUUCAGGCACCCCAUCUGACAUAACAGCACUGUUAUUAAAAUUGCCACAAAGUCUAGUGGAAUACAUGAUUGACUGCAAUUACAAUAGACACCGGAACUGGGUUGCAAUCUUGUAUUGUGUUACAAGAUAUUGUUUAUCUGUUUCUUAAGGGAGGAAAUCAAACCAGAAAACCAGGUGCAAUCUGAUAUUAUUCACUGUAUGAUGAUUAUAGACACUACAUCCUGUGUUCAGACUGGGUUUAAACCAGAGGUAUACCCUCUGACUGUAAAUAGUCAGAAAUGAAUCCACUAAAACCGCAAGUGUAACGUGUUUAAAUAGACACCUUAAUAACAUUAUUUAUACAUAUAUAUAUAUAUAUAUAUAUAUAUAUAUAUAUAUAUAUAUAUAUAUAUAUAUAUAUAUAUAUAUAUAUAUAUAUAUAUAUAUAUACACAUACAUACAUACAUACAUAGGGGGGCGUGGCCUGACUGUGAAGCUGUGCAGACGCACAAACCAAGGGCUCUUGGGCCUAAGGUCAAUUACUGGCUAAAAUCAGGGGGAAAAUAAAUAACCCUAAUCCCCAACUCACCACAACUUGCUCUGCAGACACUGGUGAACAGGGGGAUACCUCACAUGCCCAGAAAUAACGCCAGAAUGACCAAGCUGAGGCCUGGGGCCUAUACUAAGCAGGGCAAGGGAGAGGCGGCCGCUCUCCCGGCCCAUAACCACAUGCAGCACUCGCAGCAAAUGGCAAACCCCCCUCCCUUAGGACCGGUGGGGGUUAUCCUGGUCCCAAUCGCCUCAACUGGCAAGCCCCAACAGACCCUAAAAGCGGACACCGACCCCAUCCACGCAACGAACUUGCAAGCAGACCGCCGUAUCAAAAUGGCGGACACGCAGUCUCGUGGACAAUCUGGGCCGUCACUACAAAACCCCAACACAAACGACUUCCUCACUACCCGCCUGGACAGCUGUUUGAGGCCUUCUGGGCAAGGAUCGCGGCCCGACAUAAGGAAGAGCAAUCCAUGCUGCUGGAGAUCAGAGGUACGGAGGGGCGACACAGACCGGAGUGGGACCAGGCUGCUUUCGGGCAAAGCCGUGCAAACACAGUCCAAGAAUCAUCACACCAGCCCAUCUGGGCUGAGGGCCAACAGGGGAUCAGCCCCGGAGCCCAAGGAAGCCAUCAGCAGCACGGAAGUGGGAACUGCCAAAGUACAGAUCUCAGCCCUGCAUCAAACCUUGCAAGCCAUGGAGAGCCGGGUGACUGACCACAGAACAGCACAGCCUCAAACCUGGGACUCAAACUGGUAACAACAUACCCUUCCUAAUCUGGCCCAUUAGAGGCAUAGGCUGGGAGAUACCGGAGAGAUCCUCGCUUAGCUCUGCACUGGACUCUAAACACUGCAGCACUGCUGUUUCUCCUCAAUACCCCCAAGAUAUUGACCCUCAGUGGCCACACAUUUGGUUGGACAUUGACAUUACUUUUUAUGUCUCCUCACUUUUACUCAAAUGCCAGCCUAGUUUAGCAUGGUUCCUACCCUAAGCAUUUAUUUACCAACCACCCACAUGUCUAGUAUGUACAGCAAGUUUGUAUAGUCGCUAUAAACUUGAACUACCCUGAUUCUGAUCAGCUUACACCUUACUAUAUAGUCAGACAUGUCAUAAUUACCGAAGUCAUCUGUGUUAUAUUCCUACAUAAUUUACUAAAUGUUUUGGUGUUUUUUUAGGCCGGUUGCCCUCUUAUCUUAUAUUCUUCUGUUACCAAUAUGAUGCUACUAUGCCACUAUAAUGCCCUCUAACUAAGCUCACUAACAAGGCUAUUAAGGCAUGUAUGCUAGCCCAAGGGUCACCUAUCGCCCUAAAGGGCCCCAGUGGUUUAAACCAGCACCACAUCUUAGAAUAACCAUUGCCGCAGCCUCACUACUCACAAUUCACUUAUGUUUUGGUAUGCUUACCACUAUUAAUCCCUGUGCCUCACAACCCCUAGGAUGUGUAUAAUCUGCCUGCAAUUACUUAUGUCUAUGCUGAAGCUUAAUUGACGUUGCAAAAUAGUUUAUCUUGACUUAUUAACCUUAAAAUGUGCACUAAUAUGUUCAAUUGUUUCUUGUUAUAGCUGGUGAGGCAAAGCGUGAAAGCUUGUUACCCUCAUGCGCCUUACAAACAAAGAAUAAAAAAAAUAUAUAUAUAUAUAUAUAUAUAUAUAUAUAUAUAUAUAUAUAUAUUAGAAUACUGGGCCCGCUUCUUAAAAUAAAAAAACUGCUGAACUCACGUAGUUACACUCAUCUUUCCAGCGCAGUUUCCUCGCCGCAGCCCGAUCCUACCACAGUUCGGUCAUCAUCCUUGACGACUAAACACGUAAGGCACGUGGACAGCAAUUCCCACUGUGUGUCAGACCAGCGCUUCUCCUAGGCAUGUGGUGAAUCCAGUCCUUCCCUGUGAGAAGAAUUAGCUGCGUUUGUGUUGUGGGUGAUGAUGCUGAAUGUGAAAACCUUUGGUUUUUGAAAGUACCUCUAGUGGCUGUCCAGUGAUAUUCAAAUGUGGCACCCUUACACCUUCAUCUGGUAGUAGAGGACAAUGUCCCAUAUAUUAUGCUGGGAGAUAUGGUCAAACAGCAAGAUUCUGAUAUUAUUUGGGUUUAUAAAAACCCUAACCCAAUGAAUGGUUAUUGUUUGUUUUUUUUGGUUUAUUUCAUGGACUGUACUAAAUUAUUUGUUACGUACUUGAAACAAAAAAUCAACAAAAACAUAUUUUUAGUCUGUGACCAGUUUGCUAACUCAGCAGGAAGUGUCCUGCAAGUAGCUGUUUGUCUUUGGGUUUUGCGUAGUCCGCUCUAAAGCCUUCAUUGAUGAACUAUAGGAAUAAUCUGCUGAGGAUAUAGAUAGGAGCGGUGCCCUUUGACAGGUAAUAAAAUGUCUAGCUAUAUUAUUGAAUGACGUCUAUCUGUAGUUGUGUUAUGACCUUGUCAGGACUUCAGCCAAAACCUAAUUGUUUGCGUACACCUAGAAUGAGUGCAUAUUGCAUCUGGUGAUUAAACGGGCCAAAAUUAACAUUAACUCUUGGAUUUCCGGCUCUACAUACAUCUAUAUAUGGGGAAAAGUAUCCUUCGCCUUAGGAGUCCAGGUUCACCCAAAGUUUAGAAGACUUUUUUUAAUAAAAAGCAUUUUUAACCCAAUUAUUGAAUAGAGCUAACGUUUCUGGACUUGGAUGUUCAUAUCAUUGUUAAUUCAUUUUACUGCUGCUGGGUCGGCUGAACUCUGCAUAUUGCAUUCUGUUGAAGGAUACCGCCUUGGGCAAGUGAACCCUGAAGUUUUACAAAGGCUUCAGUUUGUGAUCUGCAGACUCUACACUACAGAGAACAUACUACCAUGAGAUCUUGCCAAGUUCAUAUAAAUCCUGCAGCUCUCAAUAGACAUUGCCUUGAACUUUGCAGAGUACAUCCUGCCAUGCUCAGAUAAACUCUGCAGCUCUCAGUAAAGUUUAUCUUGAACUCUGCAGAGUACAUCCUACCAUGGGAUCCUGCCAUGCUCAGAUAAACUCUGCAGCUCUCAGUAAAGUUAAUCUUGAACUCUGCAGAGUACAUCCUACCAUGGGAUCCUGCCAUGCUCAGAUAAACUCUGCAGCUCUCUGUAAAGUUAAUCUUGAACUCUGCAGAGUACAUCCUGCCAUGGGAUCCUGCCAUGCUCAGAUAAACUCUGCAGCUCUCUGUAAAGUUAAUCUUGAACUCUGCAGGGUACAUUCUACCAUGGGAUCCUGCCAUGCUCAGAUAAACUCUGUAGCUCUCUGUAAAGUUAAUAUUGAACUAUGCAGAGUACAUACUACCAUGGGAUCCUGCCACGCUCAGAUAAAUUCUGCAGCUCUCUGUAAAGUUAAUAUUGAACUCUGCAGAGAACAUACUACCAUGGGAUCCAUCCUGCUAAGGCUGAUCUCGCACUUCAUUGUAUUCUGCAGGGAUCCUGACAAGUUAUGGUAAAGUGUGCAGUUCAUGUUGAGCUCUGCAGAUUACACGCUGCCGAGGGAAUCCACUAAAUUCACUAUGAAGAUAUUGAAAAGCUAUAGUGUUUACUUGAACUUGGCAAAUUCCUCCAAUUUGUUAUCUGCUGAGUUCUUUGUAUAGUUUGAGGAGCUGCAGUUCCUCUGGCUGCACCAAAUCUCAGAACCCUGUUGUGUGUAAAGAGCAUCAGGGUUCAGGUUAAUUUCCCAGUGUUUAUUCUGCAGAUUGCAAUGCUAAAUGUAUGGUGAGAGUGUAUGAAUGUUUUGCUGUUUGUUGCUGAAUCCAGUGCUUUCACUUCAGUUCUCUCUCCCUGUCUAAACUGGGUGAUGCUGGCGAUGUCCUGGAAAGAGUGUAGGGAACUCUAUAAUCUGCUCAUGUCUGCCAAGACUUGGGUUUAACCAAACUUCUGGAAUAAAAGGGAAUCAUGACAUGUCACACAUGGCAUGUGUCCUUAAGGGGUUAAACAAUGGGCUGAUGGAGGAUUUUGAGAAAUAAUUUUUCUCUUCGUUCUCAUUUUCUUUGUGUGUUUGUUUCUAACAUUGAAUUACUUUUCUUCUGUGAUGGAAUCGCACAAGUUCUUGACGCAGCAAGUGUAUAAUGAAAAUAUUUUGUUGUUUCCUGGGCCAGGCAUAGUCUCCAGACGCCACCUUUAAUUUAAUUUAGACUGCGUUGCCUCCUGCUAAUGCCAUGCCAGGAAAACUGUAAUCUAGUUGUAGAUCUUUCUGUGUGUGUGUGUUUCCUUUAGUUGUAGACAAAUUCCAUAGAACGUUAGAACAGCCCAAAGCAACAGCGAUGACUUCCUCACUUCUUCUGCUUUGAGAAGACGACUUAUUGAUCCUCAUACUUCUACUCCUACCCCUGGUUUGGUGGCAUCUUAUUGGAAUUAUUUCUUUUUUUACUUAACCCCUUAAGUACCAAACUUCUGGAGUAAAAGGGAAUCAUGACAUGUCACACAUGUCAUGUGUCCUUAAGGGGUUAAAGGACAACUUUUAACUCAAAACUAUAUUUGCUAUAAUCCUGUUAAGUCCUGAAAGAAAAUAGAUAUUUUUUUGUAAAUUUUUUUUUUUUUUUAAAUGAAACAUAGAAUGUGUCGGCAGAUAAGAACCAUUCGGCCCAUCUAGUCUGCCCAGUUUUCUAAAUACUUUCAUUAGUCCCUAGCCUUAUCUUAUAGUUAGGAUAGCCUUAUGCCUAUUCCACGCAUGCUUAAACUCCUUUACUGUGUUAACCUCUACCACUUCAGCUGGAAGGCUAUUCCAUGCAUCCACUACCCUCUCAGUAAAGUAAUACUUCCUGAUAUUAUUUUUAAACCUUUGUCCCUCUAAUUUAAGACUAUGUCCUCUUGUUGUGGUAGUUUUUCUUCUUUUAAAUAUAUUCUCCUCCUUUACUGUGUUGAUUCCCUUUAUGUAUUUAAAUGUUUCUAUCAUAUCCCCCCUGUCUCGUCUUUCCUCCAAGCUAUACAUGUUAAGUUCCUUUAACCUUUCCUGGUAAGUUUUAUCCUGCAAUCCAUGAACCAGUUUAGUAGCCCUUCUCUGAACUCUCUCUAAAGUACCAAUAUCCUUCUGAAGAUGCGGUCUCCAGUACUGCAUACAAUACAACAAUACGUGCAGUAUAUGUAAAAAUAAAAUUGGAAAUACCCAUCUGUACUUUUAGUAUAUUACAGAAUCCUUUAACAAUAUACAUGCACCUUUGGUCAGGCAGUGUUUGAAAACAAACAGUCUCAGUGACAGUCUUAUACAGGUAUAAAAAAAAAAAUAAACUAUUUAAGCAUUUUCCAAGUUAUAAUUAAUCUCUAGAGAAAUCCAAACAUGUCUUUUCUGAUAAAACUUUCACAUUAUUCUAACACAAAUUGUGCCGCAUGUGCUGCCCAGCUAUGUGUGUGUUAUUAGAGCACACUGCCAUUCUGUCCUCCUAUGUGAAUCGACAGUCAGUUAUGCUUUUCUUCAGCCAUAACAGUCCUUUAACAGGUUUUAAAUGGCUGGUUCUUUUUAAUUUAAAUGUUCCUAUAUUAAAUUCUUGAAGUAAAUUUUUAUACAACAAAAAAAAUAUAUAUAUAUACUCGAAGGGUUAAUGUUUGAGGUUAUGCAUGCAGACAGCCUAAUGGAUUGAGAAUGUAUGUGCCUGGGCAGUCACUGUAACAUUGGAAAUUCUCCUCUCUCAUAUGAAAACAAUAAGAUAGCCGUUUGUGAUGUCAGAGCAGCCACAGGUGAUAAGCUGACCAUAGACAGGGCUCUAUGCAAAUAAACAAGGGAAGCAGGUUGUGUAAAGCGAGGUAACGGCUUGUAGGUGUGCAAGUGGAGAUGGAGCAACCUAACUUCCUGGUUUAAACGGCAACUUCCUAAAAAUAGCUGCUGCUGGCACACCUCCUGCAAGGGAUAGGCAUUCUCCUACACUCCAGAAAAGGGAUUUAUGUCACCGUGUCUGCUGUGGAAUACAACUCCCAUUGUACCUUUACUACCUGGAUGUGCAUGAUGCCAGUUGUGUGCUUGACUCCACCAUCCAUGUGUGCAUAUCUGUGCAUAUGCUUCAUAAAUUCCAUCAAUUAGCACGAGUAGAGAGUAGUAUUCUUACAUGAUUGGUGGGAAAUGAUUCUUGCAAACGUAUUUGCAGCCCGUGUCUCUGUAGAGGGUUACUAUAAUAUAGAUUCACACGCAAUUAAAACCAAUAAUGUCUGCCUGUGUCUUCAUAACAAGCUGGUUUAUAAGAAUUCUGUUUCAGAGUGGUAUGACCCACUCAGAGCUGUAUUGAACCUUAUGGGCUGGCAGAGAAUUCUGGGAAAUCUAACUUGGCAGCCCAAAGCCAGCCCAUAAAGUGGACACGACCCCUGUUCUUAUUCUUGUGGUUUCUAAACUCCUUGUGUUCGUGUUAAUAGAACAUGGUUUUGGGUAACUUAUAGAUCACUAUUUCUAUUUAGAAACAUUUUAUAAACUUACAAUAAAAGAUAUGUUACGGUAAAUAAGUAAAUCUAUGGAUUAUACAAGCUAACUGUAGUAGCAGAUUGCUUUUUGUAUAGCAGAGCCAUUUUAAUGUGAUGCAACAUAAUUCCUGAAUGGUGGGGCCUGCCACAAAAACCACUGUGGCUUUUGUUAAAGAGGCACACAUCUCUUGAUUGUCCCAGUGACUUUUUGCCAUUGUUGGACUGUGGGUCCCAAAUGAUCAAGCCUUUUUUUUUUUUUUUUUCUGCUGGAUGAGCCUCUGGGAGAUGCAGUCUAUAUAGCCUGGGGUGCCAAACAGGGCUGAGUAGUCACAGGAGCGUAAAUAAGGAGACUAAAAAGGUAUAGAAUAUAGUGCUAUGGCUCCUUUAUUGAAUGGACUUUCUCCACUACAUACUUCCAUUCCGCAUGUAACAGAAGUGUGGGAAUGUUCUGUUCUGUUCCUGCGGCAUUUAUUAAUGGCUUAUAUUUUCAUGAACACACUUGCCGUACAGGAUAGUUAAAGGAUAGACUGUGGCAAAUGUAUUGCUCCUUUUUAUGUUUCUCAGAAAUGCUGUAAUUUUUUGCGAUUCUCUCUGGUUCAGCAAAUCUGCAGGUUCUGAUCUUUUUCCCACUAGCCUAUAGCUUUCUGUGGGAGAAAGUCCCACAAACUGCUGCCCCCCCAUUUUAUAUUACCCUAAUGCAGGCAUAGGCAACCUUAGGCACUACAGGUGUUUUGGACUACACCUCCCAUGAUGCUUUGCCAGCAUUAUGGGGGAUGUAGUCCACAACAUCUGGAGUGCCGAAGGUUGCCUAUCCCUGCGGUCUAAUGUGUAGAGUCAUGUGAUAACCUUCCAGAUGUUUAUUUACAGUUAGUGGUCUAAUCUUGCUGUCUGAGACAGAAAAGGGGUGGGGGGGGGGGGAAUAGUUUAGAAUUGAUGCACAUUGUAAAAACAGAUAUAUAUCUGCAUUUUGAUUGUUUUUCUUUCCUCUGGUUAUUUUAAAGCAUGUCACCGCUGCUAAAUAGCCUUUUCAAUUCCCCCUAAUCCACUAAGAAAAACAGGGCACCUUUGUCAUUCCGUUGUGUUCUAACUUUUAAAAUAUUGUAUAUACAUGUCUAAAUGGCAGCCCAUCACUUGGGGGUGUACAUAUUUUGUUUGAUGAGAUUUAACAUGCAAACACAACCCCAAGCAUCAUUUAUAUUUUACAUUCUGAUGCCAUCUAUCAUGGAUAUACAUGCAGGGUUAUUUAAUAAAGUGAGAAUUCAACGUGAAUUUCAAAUUUAAGGAACAACUAGCCGAACUAAAAAUCUAGCCGACUUUAAAAUGAUUUUUUGCAUUUCAGCUAUUUUUUACCUUAAAUUUAAAAUUAACUUUAAAUUAGAAUUUUCGCUUUAGUGAAUAACUCUGAUGGACUUACUAACUAAACUGUGAAACAAAAGCAGACUGGCAAAAACAAUAUAACUCUAUUCACAGUUUGACAUUUGAAGCUUGUAUUUCAUAAUUCAGUUUUCACCAUAAUUCACGGUUUAGUAAUAAGCAACAUUAGUCGUCAUGUUUCAUAUUAAAAUCCUCUCUGCAUAAUUAGUGUUUAGUCUUUUUUAUUUUUUUAUUUAAUGUUUCAUCUUUAGUGAAGAUUUUUCAACAACAAAAAAGGUUACAGUAGCACAGUAAGCCAUUUACAUUGUGUGGACAGUAAUCUUUGAAUACAAAUAUAAAUUGGGUCUCGGGUAGACCAGUUAUAUCGGUUUGUCAUCCAGGUUCUCUAAUGGUAGUCUAGAAAGAGUGAUAUAAAAAAAGAUAAAUGAAUAAAAAUGUAAUCUUAAACUGGAUGGUGGUAUUGGAAGGAGCGGGACAGGAAAUCCUCAGAGACUUUAUGGAUUCCAGGCAGUCUCCUUGUCCUAUUUACCAUAACAGCUGUCUGUCGGUGCAGUCCUUGGAGAAUUUCUGUAGAGUGCCCUGAUUUAUAUGUGCCAUUUCUUCUUGUAUCUUUGUAGAUUGGAGCACUUUUAUCACUAGGGCUAUUGAAGUAGCUGGGGAUUUCUAGGAGAUCGAGAGCAUGUAAAAAUGUAUCCAAGACUUGGAGUCCCGGUACAAACCCGGAUUGUUCUGGUGAUAGCAGGCUAGCGAUAAAUCUGUUUCAGCAAGUGGCCAGUAUCUUUGCAAAUAAUUUGGUGUCCGCGUUUAGCAGUGAAAUUAGCCGAAAAUUGACACGUGCACAUUUCUGAUGGGACAGUGCCAGUAUCCUUAAUUCUGUUGAAUAGUGUGGUCAGUUGUGGGGCAGGCAUAUCAGAGUAGAGUAGUAUGGGUUCAAGAAGCUUUCUGGGCCAGGGGACUUAAGAUUCUGUUGCUGGCGGAUGACCAUCUGCAUGUCCUCUAGCAUGAUUGGAGUUUGGUACACAUACCGACACAAUCAUCAGAGAUUCAUUAUUUAAUCCUUCCAGCAACAACAUGCAAACUCCAUAUUUAUAGUUUAGCUGAAAAGACCAGUCCUUGUUGAAUAAUAUAGAACUCCUUUUUGUUUUGUGCAUAGACAUGGUAGCUAUCUGGACAUUGAUUAGAGAGAAGGAAAGGGGGUGACUUUACUAAAAUGUGUGUCUUGUAUGAAGAAAGAAAACACACUACUGCAUUAAACUAUGUACAUUUCUGAAAAAUGCAUUUACACAUGACUAGUGAAUGCAAGUUAUUGUAGUUUUCGUUUAGAGAAAACAUACUAUAAUGAAUUCACAAGAGGAGGAAAGCUCUAUGUAACACAUAUGCGGUUCUAGUCGCAAUGUCUAGUCCUAAGAACACGUUUCGAAAUGAAGCUAAAUAGUGCCUUAACUUGAAUAUCAAUAGAGUAAAUUGUCCUGUAAAACUUGGUGCAAAAGGUAUUGACCCUGGUCUGCUCUAGACGUCUCCUGUAAUGGCCAUUGGGGUGGGGUGUAAAACUUGGCUGCAUCUGGUAUGGUUCAAUCUUCCCAAUCACCCUAAACUUAUAUAGGGUAUGUUAGGGGGGAUACACCUAGCAGGACCCGGCAGACCAGAGUAACACAAACCGGUAGGAUACUUCAAAGACUCUCAUCUACCAUAAUCAGGUAGACGUUACCGGUUUCAUCCGUUGUGGGUCUACCUUGAAAUGUGGAGAGGCCUGGGGGCUCCUUCAGGUGUCCGCCGGGGCCAGGUUCCAAGACUGCAGCACUUAGAUUCCCUCUUGGGUUGUAUUUACCACUUUGGUGGUUCCGUUAUGCCAGAUGAAAAGCUUUGUGGGAUAACCCCACCUGUAAGCUAUGGUAUUCUUGCGAAGAAGUGAGGUAACUUGGGCAAAUUCCUUGUUCUUCGCCAUGGUGGAUGCUAAGUCCAUGAAAAGGGCUAAUCCUGUGAAGGAUUCAGGCAUUGCUGUCAGUUUCCCAUCUGCAGCCAUCAGUGCCGCUUUGGCUUUAUAGCAGUGCAGUCGCAACUCUGUGUCUCUGGACUCUUUGCCUGUGAUGUUCCAUGGCUUGUGGAGGCGGUGGGCUAUGUCAAUGAGCCACUCACUGUUGGAGUAGUAGUGAGUGUAGUCAGUUAGUCUUACCUUUCCCUCAUCCUUUUGGGGGAUUUUGUCACAUAAUGUCAAAACAUUUUUUUUCCAUUAAACUGCUCACCCAGGUGACUUGGGCAGGUAAAUUCCAGUAACAGAAAUCUGCUCCUCAUCGCUCUGGGGGUCCCCACUUGUGAUUUAAAACACCGUGUGCGGUAGUAAUAUAAAUACUGGUUUAAUAACUGAAAUGUAAAUUAUUGGAAAAUGACCUGGCGCGUUCAGAUUUUCAGGAAACCGUAGUGGGGUAACUUUUUCAGUUUAACUGUUUUGAUCAGUUCUCUAAUGAGGGGUUCAGUUACUACCCUGAAAGUGUUUUCUCUAAGGUGAACAAUGCUGCUCUGAAAUAGUUAUGGGCUCUUUAUGAUUGCACCCUGCACUCUGUAUAAGAAGGUAAUGUAUGUAGCCAGUAGCAGGCCAUUUAAAGAGAAAGGAUGGACAUGUCAUGUAGUGUUAUGUAGUUAUUGUACUCUCUCAUCCAUUCACUCAAAAACACGUACAAUGAAUGUUUAUUUUUGGGGAUUUUAAUGUCUAUCAUAGCUCCCCAAUUAUGUAAAGCUGUUUUUAACAGUAAAAAUGGUAUGUGAACUGUAAAAUUUAAGCCCAAAAUGGUUUGGUUAAAAUAAAAACUUUUUUUUUUUUUUGGUUACUUCAUCUAGGGUCUUAGUUUAGUUUGGUUAAUUAGCUGGCCAUUGUCCCCUAUUUAAUCCUCUCUCCGGGUACAUCAGUUUAAUGAUGGGUGCACACAUAGAUUGUCUGCAGUGUGGCUUCAUUGAACACAACGGGGCCAAGGAAUAAGCAGAGAACUUUACCUGUUCAUAGUGUAGCUAUACCCCUUCCCCUCUCAUAUCAUUGGAAUUUUACUGUUGUUUGUGGAUUGUAAAGGCAUAGGUAAGCCCUGCACACUGAUACCUGUGACAUCAAGCACAAAGCUUAUUGAAACCGGUAGGAGAUGGAAUGAGCUACAGCUAAGAGUCGUGUAGGUGGGGAGAUAAAUUAGGAUGUUUUCAUUCUUUAUCAACCAAUAAAAUAUGCCCUUUGUGCCAUGGAAAAACUCUAUGCAACAUUUUUAUUUUUAAACUUAAGAGACCCAGCUGAUGGGCUGUUUGAAACCAAUCGUCUGUAGAAAGGGGGACUUGGGUACCGCUCUCCGUUCACCAGCUGUUUGAAGAACUAUGCCUAUCAUGCUUUGCGUUGGUCAUUUCUGUUAAAUAAUGUGCUUCCCUCUUAAGUCCUAAUCUAGCUGGGAGCACCAGAAUUGGUAUACAGUGAUUCACUUCAUGCAGAACGUUAGUUUUGGGGAUUACCUUUGACUGUUCAGGAAGCCCUUCACAGAACGAUUUAUUAUAUGUGGACCUUCCACCUUGCAAUAGAUCAGAGAGCCCAUUAGAGUCCCCACCAGUAUUGUCACCAUCCAUGGUAAUUUGAUAAUUCCAAUUAAUGAUACAGAGAUGGCUUCAAAAGUUCAGGGCUUCAAGCACAACAUACCAUUAACAAAUAGUCUUAGUACCGCACCCACGUUUUUACAUUUUGUGUUGGUGUAUGCAAAUAUAAUAUUGCACCUGUCUAGUUUCUGUACAUUGACCUUAGGCCCUCUUAUUGUUUGGGUGAAUGUUUUAAGUGCAUAGAUUUUGAGUUUCAUUGAGUAGGUUAUUUGCCAGUUAGUUCUGAAGUAUGUGUAAUUCAUUCAGAUUCAAUGACUUCCUGAAUGGAGAGCAAAUCAGGAGAAAGACAAUUCAGUGACGACUUGGUAUAAAUGGUUUUUAGAUAAAAUUGGAAUAAGUUUGUCUCUACUUAAAAAUAACAAGUAUUAUAGAUGAGACUGACAGCAGAGGGUGUGUUAUUGAUUGACUAAAAUAUUAAAGGGAUACUAUAGUUGCCAAAACAGGCUUAAUGAAGCAGUUUUUGUGCAUAGAUCGUGUCUUUGAAGUCUCAUUGCUCAAUUCUCUUUCAUGUAGGAUUUAAAUCACUGUUUCUGAUUGAGCAGUCCUAGCUACAUAUCCCCUGGCUGUGACUGGAUGACCUGCAUGAAAACAAAAUGGUUUCAUUUUCAGUUGGAUGUUAACUCACUUUAGAAGAUAGGAAACGUCCAACAAUGCUGAGAGGGGAAACCUUUCAACAGAGUUGAAAUGGUUGUGGGAUACUGAUGGCAUAACCCAAAAUUAACUAGAAAAGGAAAGGCUGGGAAGGGUAAGCCGAGCAAGCGAACCCAAUAACAGACUUGGUAUCCUCAGAGAAAACCGCUCUGUCAGUAAUCUGCUACAAAUACCUAUUAUAAAGAGCAAAAAAUACUAUAAUUUUAUUAUAUCCCUAAUGAGAAGACAAACAACAACAAAAAGUUUCAAGUGAACAGUGUGAAUACAAUAUAGAGAGAAAAAAACACGAUGAUAAUAGUGAAUAAAAUAGGACUAACUGCUUACAAAUGUAUCCAAGAUAAUUAAGUACAGACAGAGACUGGUGUGCUAAACACAAUGUUGCAAAGUAUUCAAUUGCAACAGUUAUUUUGUCUGAGUCUGAUACUAUGCUAGACACUAUCAGAUAGGUAUACUGUUAGAUAUUGUCCAAGUGAAAAUAGAGUAGAGAUCACCCUUUAUGAGAGGUUGUGGAUACCUGUGAUUAAGGGUGUUUCUAGAAGCAUAUAGAAAUAUGGACAUCUGUAUACCUGGGGGUAACCAGUGAGUACGUAAGUGACUGAAGAUAGAGGGAUAUUUGGGGGAGUGAUUGAAUAUAUACAGCAAACUGGAAGCUAGGGAUAUGAUGCAAGAAUACACUGUGCACGUAUCCCCAAUUGUAAUAUUCCAAUUUAGCUAGUACAUUGGUGUGAAGCAAGCUACAAAUGCGACUCGUUAGCUGAUAUACACCACUAAAGGUGUACUUAUACAUAUAAAGUUAAGUACCGUGUAUGAUAAAAUAUAUUAAAGUGUAUGGUGUGGGAGCAGGGAGAGAAGAUGUGGUAUACUUAAUACAUUAGUAGUCCUGACUAACGAUCGUGAUAUCAGGACCAUGGAAUAGCAGUGUAAGUAACCCACACUGUCGUCAAUGCUAAAUGCUGAAGCCAUCUAACCUUACGGAGUACCUUACUAUAGCGAAUACCAAUGACUUUUGGUCAGAAUACGGCAUACCUAAUCUAGCAAGCUAUUAGCAGUGCAGGAGAGAAAUUCCUAAUUUAAACAGAAUGUGCAAUAAAGAAAGUUUAAACAUUAUAGCUGUCUUUGCAGGAAGUGUCUAGGAAGGCUGUGUAAGUCACAUGAAAGAAGGUGCGCCUGGGACUUUAUAAACAAACGUAAUUUAACUCCGAAAUGACAGAUAAUCGAACAGUGAGACUGUAGGGGCAUGAUCUAUACACCAAACCUGCUCAAUAAGCAGAAGUCUUGAAGCAACUAAAGGGACAUGGCGGGACUGUAUCUUAUUGAGGUGGUUAUAGUUUCUUGAGACCCUUUAAUAGUAAACAAGAGUCCCCAGCAGCCCAUCCCUUACGGUUGCUUGGACCAAUAAUGAAGCACUCAUUUGAGUGUGAGUGGGCGGCUGUGAUUGUCUGGUGACCGCUUUCAACCUAUCAAAGCAAACAUGAACAGGUACGGCUAAAACGUGUGUAAUCCCUUCAUUAGCCAUUUCUCUCAGUAGGGGCCAUCCUGUGGGUGCCCAAAGACCCUCAUGUGAUGUGGUUAUACUUGUAACAUAAAUACAAAAACAUGGCUUCACGUUGCUCACAAAAAAUGUAGUUAAUUUACUUAAUUGAGAUGUAGUUUCACUCAACUCAUAAAUAUUACAUUUAAAGGCAGAUUGGCCGUUAAGUACCAUCACUACUGUAGUGAUCUUAAAUAUGUGCUAGUGGAAGUGUUUCAGUAACUGUAAACCUAUAAUUAUGUCUUGUUUAACUCUAUUUAUUUAUUGCAGAGGAAUGGUACUGCCAUGGGAGCAAUAUUUGCACUCUUAUUUGCUAACGUGAUGGGAGUUGUCCCACAUAUUUCUGGGGAAGCAGGGCUUCCUUAACAACCUUUUACUUGUGUCAGAAUAGAGAAUAUGAUCAAGAACGAUUUGCUGGGGCCAUCUUUUAUAAUUCUCUUUUGAUCUUCAUAAAAACAUAUCUACAAUCAAACCUAUGUGCAAAGCAUUGAAGUGGGAAUAGUAAUCAUCUCAACCUCCCUAUUAUACGUGCUCAAAUGUCAGUUACUGACCAGUGAUGAGGGACUCUAAAACUACGUGCAUGGGGUAAAUCAUUACGUCUGCACUUAUUAUGGCUCCAUACAUCCAGAGUGCAUAGAAUAACUUUGUUGUUUUCAAUUUCUGUGAUAUCUUUGAACUCUGUGUUAUAGUCAUAUAGUCAAGUAGUCAUAAUCAGGUUAAUCUUUGUAGGGUUCAUAGACUGCAGCUAUUGUAAUGACGUGCUUUUACUCUAAGCAUAGCCUUGGGUGUUAUCUGCUGUAAGCUCAACUAAUUAAUUCAAUGUAUUGUAAAGCAUCAAAACCCCUCUGGUGUCAUAUAUUGAGAUAGUUAUUGCUAUUUGCUGUCAUCAAGACGUAAGAAAUUACCGCUGCUUUUCUGCUGCUGCCUUCAUGGUAUAACUCUGUUUAUUUUGUAGUUCAAGCAUUGCAAAACUCCAAAUACCUUCUCCCUGCAGUUUGCAACCCACCUUUAACCCUUUCUACACUGCUCUCUUCUACAUUGUGAAUUAAUGGUGAUUUGUUGUUGGUGCCAAGAAUCAGUUGUGUUGUGGUGCAGCCACAUUUCCUUUUGUCUCUGCAUACUUUAAUCCUAAUAAUUCUAAUUGCAAUCAUUGAAACCCAUGUAAAGGUUUGGGCCCUAUUUAUCUUAAAUGAUCUUAUAGCGUUCCACGAGAGCACCUAUGCUGCAGCUACACACAUGGUCCAGUGCAAAUCUCUCCAUCAGAAAUUGGAGUGACUUUUUAUCUUGCAGACACAUACCAUUUAAUCACUGAAAGAGUUCAAAACUAUAAGCAGUUAGAUCAGAGUAUUCAUUAUUAUUGGACCGCAUAAAAUGGGCAGAAUCUUGAAUGGGUUACAGCUGUUUUCCAGAGAAUAGAAAAUAAACAAACAGCUUUUCUGGGGCUAAGUUAUAAAAUUGGGGCAGUUUUCUUGGACCCAAUGGAAUGUUCUCCAGAUUUUUCAACUUUUAGAUCUUUACCAGAAAGCCUUAGUACUUUACUAAUGAACCUUAUUGUAUUACCUGUCUGUCACAAAAGCUAAGUUAGGGACACAAAAUAAUCUCUCUAUUGCAAUACCGUUUGCUUCAGCUUGUUUGAGUGCGUGCGUGCUUGCUUGCUGUGAGCAGAGCCCAUCCGCAGGUGGAAUGGGUCAAACUAAACUGCUCCUCUUCGUACAGGUAAGCAUAGAGGUGUGAAAUCAAGCUUACCUGCCCUGUGGCUAGGAUACUGAAAUACAAUAUUAGGAAAUAGUUUGUACCAUGAUCCUCAAUGAAUACUUUCCAUCCGUGGAUUCUCUGCUAAGCAGUUACAUCUGAUAGGUUGUAUUUUAAUUUGUCAAUCUAGGCAUUGUUUGUCAUGGACCUGUUUAUUUUCUAAAGAUUCCUGUAAGGUUUCGGUCUGUCAUUAUAAUGAAAUAUAGUCCGUGGCAUUACAACGACCAUUGCCAGGGCAUUUAAUGCAAACGAAUAAAACAGAAAAUCAUAAUUUACCCAUUGUGUCAACACUGUGAACGUGCAUCGCCCAUGGAAAUAAUCUUUAACUGUAAUAAUCACAAGUAUAUGUAGGAAUUGAGCCCGAGUUUAGACAUGCAGUAUCAUAAGACUGGCAGCACAUGUUUACAUAUAUGAGCUGGUACCUGUUUUCUCACACAUAAGAGACUGCUAUUAUGGAAUAAAGAUAAGACCUGGUGUGCUCUAGGCACCCCCCUAAAAGUCACUUAUCUCUAGUGAUACAAUGUAGUGGGUUUUUUUUUUUGGGUUUUUUUUGUCUCUUUAAAUCCGCAGCACUACAAGCAGCAUAUCCCCAAUUUUGGUCACACGGUUUAUUGGUUACUUGACCGAAUGUGAAAACUAAGCCCCGUUUGACGCAGAGAUAUUGAGGAAUCCAGUCCAAAUGUGGACAUCGGUGAUAGGCUGUGACUGUGAGCUCUGGGGGCUGUCUGUUUGGAUUUGUAAACCCCUUAAUCUAUAUAAAUCUGCAGAAAGGACAAUCAGGCACAUGUAUUUAAGAAAAACAAAAAAGCAGAGAAGGCAUAGGAGGAUUCUGUAGGGCUCCAGGUAGGGGGAGCCCCCACCCCUGGCCUUCAAUGUUCACACUGUGAUGAAUCAAGAUCAUGUUUCCAGGCCCCUGUCUAACAUUUGGGCCCUAGAUGCCUGCCUGGGCUUACUUUUUCAUCUGGGACAGACCCUCUCUGGGAGCCAAAUACCCAGCCUAUUGUAUUUUAUUGUUUUUCAAGGACGAGUAAUAACAGCAGUUUGAGUUUGUCACGGGACUCUGCAGUACCAUACAGUAUAUAGGAAUGUCACCCCAAUAAUGUACCAUGUGUAUGAGUAUCAUAGAACUCCAUAAUAGUAAAAUUCACUGUACUAUGCAGUGUGUGAAUGUGUGUAGGAUAGUAUUGUAUGGUUGUAAUAUUCAUACUAGUAUACAAUGUGUAGGAGUGUAUCCCAGAACUAAAAGGGGCUUCCUGCAGACCAUCCUUCAAAGAAUAGUAUCCUCUUCUAUACCCCUUCCACAACUUACUUUUAUUUCUAGCUCUUUUUUAAAUCAUUCUUUAUAUAUGUUCAUAAUAUAUAUGUAUAUAAGUGAGGUGGUAUAGGAGAACAAUUCCUGGAAGGAGCUUCCUCCUUUACAUGGUGGGCAGAAGGUGGCUAUGUGGCAUCCUCUCUCAAUCUGCCACCACUCGACUGGAGACAUGCUGGCUAAGCACUGAAAUUAGGAGAAGGUUAAGAUAGAAUUUAAAUGAAUAAACUGCUUUUCUAGUCCAGCCAGUCUAGAGAAGGCAGCCUUUAUACAUUGCUAUGGGCGAUAUUGUGCCACCAAUACAUGUUCAUGCUCUGAUGUCAUUCAUGGAGGGAGGAUGCGUUGGUUGUAUUUAUUUUGUCUUUAAUUUUUGCAUUUACAUGACCACUUAAAGGCAUGAAUGACAAUGUGUGGUUUAUUUUUUGUUUAUUUUCUAGCCGUCCAAAUGAAGCAUCCAAGAAGGACGCCCCCUCUCCAGCUCUGCUCUCUGCAAACCCUGCUGCUCCUGCUGCCACAGCCACCCCAGCUGUGGCUGGCUCUACACAUGCCAAAAGGGCUGACGAAUGGAAAGAUCCAUGGCGCCGAUCCAAGUCACCGAAAAAGAAACUGGGCAUCUCUACAUCGCCCAGCCGAGGGCGGCGAAGGCGGCAUACAUCAGGCUCCUCAGACUCUGGAUCCAAUUCAUCAAGGUAGGAAAAGCCCUGGACUAUGCCCAGCAUCCAUCACCUGGUUUGUAACCAUGGCCAGGGCUAAAUGGCUCACAGUGCUGCUUCUGCACAAAUUAAGCAAAAUAGUCAGUAGACUUAGUUUGUUCCUUUGUUUUGUCAUUCUAUUUAUGUUAUCUGAUCACUCGCUGUUCAUCCAAGAAUUCCCCAGUGGUGAUGGAAGGGACGGGUGUUGAUUGGUGGUAGCGAGCCACGCACCAUCUGGAUACAUGUUAUUUGGGUGAAGCCAAUCUUUAAGCUAUAUUUAUCAUAAUGUCUGACACCAGAGUGAUUGUGCAAUGGUAUUGGCACAUUCAUCCUGCAGGCAUAGUGCACUGAGGAUAUGACAUAACUUUCUCUGACGUUGAAUUCAAUGUAGCAGAUAACAAAAAUAAACUUCACCUGUUAAUGUAAAUAGUUGGGGGUUUUUUUUCUUGGUGUGAACACACUUGUCCAACAUUGAUUUAUUGUUAUUUUAUAGCUUCCCUUUUCAAAUUUGUGCCAGAAAAACAUUAUACCGGUAUUAAACGUGCCUUCUAAAAAAGCAGACAGACUAAAUCGCUUUUUUUAAAACUUAUUUAUAAAACAAGGCACAGCGGUGCAUUGUGUGAUAUGUAUGGGUGUGCUCACUGGUGUAUAUAAACAAAAUGUAAUUUCGUAUACCAUUAGUAGCAGUUAAUGCUGACUUAACACGUCGAUACUUGUUAAAUAGGCUUAGUUACAAACACAAUGACUGCCGUAGCACUAUCACUUUAAAUAUAGUAUUCAUUAAAACGGGAGUUAUGUAUGCCAAACGUACAAUAUUUAGGCUGAAUUUUAACAAAACCCUACCCCCCUUUAAAAAAAAAAAUUAAAUUAAAAAGCCCCAAUUCGGCAAAAUUUCCAGUGCUUCUGUUUUGUCUUACUUUCAGUCUGUCAUUUCACUGCAAGUUGCUGUAAAUGCUAGAAAAACCGGUUUUUCUCUUUCCCCCUGUUUACGAUGAAUGUGCAAUUUUGUGGAGUUCAAGGGAAGAUGUAAAACCUUUUUUUCUUCUUUUGGACUUUCUCCACAUUUCUUACAUGUUUACACAGAGCAUGACAGGUGACUUACUACCUGCCUAGCUCUACUGCAUUCAUCAAUAUGUUCACAAGUCUCAUUAAACCCCCCCAAAUUUUCUUUGUUAAACCCUUUAUAUCCUGCGUUUAUGGGAGCAGUCCCCUCCAAGGAUUUUUAAUAGUCAUUCCCUGUAGAAGCUCACGCUGCUGUAUUUAGCUAUUUCCCAGAACCGGGCACCUAAAUCAUAGCUCCCUAUAAAUCAUUUUAUAAGCUCUGUCCUUGGCACAUGGCACAGAGAGAGGAGGAGAAACGGAACCUUGUUAUGUGUGCCUUGGCUGUGCCAGGCCUGAACUGGAUUGUGAUUUAUAUUGCUAAAAACAUAAUUGAUAUUUACAAGAAAACUGAGCAGAACGUAAAAAAAAAAAAAAAAAGGUUAACACUUGUUGUAGAGUAUUUUUAAUAUUUUAUGCAAUAGUGUAAUUUCCAGAGAAGUGCCCCUUCCCUUUUAAAAUGGCACAUGGGUCAGUGUUGUGGACUGGGAUUUAUCACUAUACUGAGUAUUGUUUAGAGUACACGAGAGUAUUGCAAAAUUUAGGCAAAUAUAGGUAAAUGGACUACAUUUUUCUAAGUUGGCCUUUUCCCCUUAGAUCUUAAAUUCCCAGUUUCGUGAAUAAAUCUUGGAGGUUUUGUUGUGUGGAAAUGCUGGUACUUAGAGCAGCUACUUCCAAUACACAAGUAAAUAUGGUGCCAUGUGCAUUUCUUUUUCUUUGUUUUUGCUCCAGAUCAUCUUCUCGUUCUUCCUCGUACUCUGGUUCUGGAUCAUCACGUUCUAGAUCAUCAUCGUAUAGUUCUUAUUCCAGUAGGUCUUCACGUCAUAGCUCUUUUUCAGGGAGCAGAUCAAGGUAAGUGCCUUUCAGCCUGGACAGUUGGAUAUAGGAUUCAGAUCCUGCCCUUUUAGAUUGUUGCUCUUGAUAUAUGAGGUUCGAUGUGUAUAUACAUUUAAUAAAACACGUACACUUGUUAAAUCCACAAAAACAAACCAAAAUUAUCAUGUGGAAAGCCAAUAUUUAUUUAUUUAGUCAGGUUCACUUUAAAUAUACUAUGAACAUGGCAAGGAUGACAAAAGCUUUCUCGUGAAAGUGGAAAUAUUACCUGCAAGACUAGUAUUUCUUGUUCCCGGAAGCGGACGCUUUUUUUCUUUCUUUUUUUUUUUUUAGGUGUUUAUGAAAUCAUGACCUCUGUACAGAGAUGCGAUUUAUAUCUGUCUCACUUUCCAUACUAGCAUAAAAGCCAUUUACUACUUGUUCCAUUGAAUCUAUGGGGGUUACUCACUCAAUUGAAAUUGCUGUGAACUGAAAACCAAAAGGCAAAUAGAUCUUACUAAAGCCGAGUUACACAAUUUAGUAUCUCUGCUUUUUUUGGCUAAAUUUUGCAGUUCAGUUUCCUUUCAGCACAGUAUUUAUUGCUUAGUGAAUAUACUACGUGUAAAAUGUCUGUGUUGUUUACACAGAGAAACUUACAAGAUCUAUACACUAUGUUUAUACUUUCGCUAGGAAAGUGCUGUGAUAUUUUAACCCCUUAAGGACACAACUUCUGGAAUAAAAGGGAAUCAUGACGGGAUAUUUCUGUCAUGUGUCCUUAAAGGGUUUAAUUGCCUACUUUCUGUAUAUUUACAUUUUAUCUAGUAAUUCUGGGCAUAUAAAGGUCCUUUUUGUCUGUACUGGUUCCACCCUCCUCCCAUCUAACCAUACUGAUGUGCUAUGUGGAGCUCUUUGGGACUUCCGGGUCUACUUAGGCACAGUGGUCUAGAAUUAUUUACUAGAGUGUGACUGUCAGUUUAAAUAAAACAAAGUGACUUUUGUGAAGCGUUAAGGAGUCCAUUUAUGCACUAUAUCCUAAUGGCGCAGUCUCAGAGUAUCAAACCAAUUUCUAAUGGUGUAUCGGUUUCCCGAUUUCCCUGGGAACCAAUAGAUAACAAUUUCGUAUCCAAUUUUGGUUGAAUUUAUUGAUUGAGAAUCUCAAUGAGUGCCCUCAGACACUGAACAGCAUCCAAACAUGGGCGGAAUUAAGGUCACUAAUACAGGAGUUGGAGCUUGUGAUAUCAGAAAAGGAAGUCCAGGGGGGCAGGGGCUGGCCAUCAUGGUGGUUAGAUGCACAUGGUGAGAGCUCCUCACAUAAAGCUUCGAUUUCACUACUUAGAGGGGGGGAUCAUACCUAUAGCGAACACUCAAACAAGUACAUACCUGACCCUGAAUGCUGGGGUAACCUCCUGACCAAGUUUGGAGCUCCGCCACAUAGUCUCGUGGCCCGAAAAGCUUUUGCGGCCUAGACGCCUGGGAUACUCCACGGAGAGGAGAAAUGGCCGAUCUCCUGGCCUGGACAUGCCAACGUCCAGAGAACCGACCCUAGCACUCUGUCGUGUCCCCCCCCUCUUUGGACCGGUGGGGGAUAUCCCGGUCCCCACUGGUGUAAUCUUGGAGCUUACCCUGCACAACACAGAGAAACUACAGCUCUAAAAGAAGGCAGCCUGCUACCCAAAAUGGCGGCACCACCAGGGCUUACUGCUGCUACUCACAUUGCACAAGCAGUGGUACUUCGGAUCAGGUCUGCAGGCGCAUCUCGGCUCAAUCCCCAUGCAGCAGCAGCAUGGAGAGGCAAGCAGCGGGCACACAAGCGCCGAAGCAAUGGCACCUGGACGCGAGGGUCGGGAAGAUCGCAACCUCUGCUGCACUCCCUGAUAGGGAGCCACGGCGCAAAACGACCAAAUCCCGGGCCUUCAUGCCGCCCCCCAGAGGGCGAAGACCCUCAUCACAGAGACUCCUCACGUCCUGAGAUCAGCUCGUAUGAGCACCUGGAGAGGGACACAACGGCGGACCAAGUAUGCAGACAUGGAAAGAGACUUACCAGGCGGCACUCUGCCCUUGACAAUCAGGGGAAUAAGCUGAACCUGGUAUUAGCCCUAACGCCUGCACAACACAGUCACCUGUACAAGUGGUUGCCACAUUGCACACUACACAUUACACCCUUCUCUUACCUAUUAGGAAAUCGUUAUUGUUAUUGAUAGUAAUGUUGCACCCCACAAAUCAGCGACACACUGCAAUGCUAGACUAUGACUAGUCUUAUCACCAGUGGUUUACUUUUACUUUUUCGAGUAAAGUCUCAGCAAGACAUACAGAAAUAUAACAAAUGAGCCUAUAACUUGCCUAUUGAAUGUUUCGUGAUUUACCUCCCAUGUCUAGCCAUUUAACUGUUUGCUAUUACUGUACAUGCCUGUUACUCAUUCGUGUUAUUUUCGUGACUACAAAAGAAAAAAGAAAGUGCAGCACAUCUUGCCAUUUAUGUGUUCAGUACAUGCUGUGUCAUUGACAAUUAACGCCUUAUGUAACUGUUUCUGCACUGAGAAAAAUAAAGAAUAAAAAAAAAAAAAAAAGUCCAAGUAAAUUCAAAUCCUUCAAAAAACCGUUUGACGCAUUGCUGUCAGCAUUUUUUUCUUUCCUAUGUGUGGAAGGGUGGCAGGUCAAACUUAAGAUUGACCAACUUGUCUGAUCCAAAAAGUUGGUAGGCCUUCUAUUCUUUUGUAAAUAUUAUUAGGCAACUCAGCUGCUCCAGAUAAUUGGAUGGUACCAGAAUGGUGCUCCAGAACAUUAGCCUAGAUUGGCGUAGGCUGUAGUGAAGACAAAUUAAAAUUUGUCUUGGCAAGAAGAUGCUUUGCAGAUGUUCUUUACGGACCAGGACCAAGAUAUUGCACCAAAGCUCUCUAUGUGCAAGGUAUCAGGAGUCUAACUUUAAGAUACUGAUUGGUAUGAUACACUCCCAAAAACUACACAAAAUAGUCCCCAAGGCCUCUGACCAAUGUUGGGGUGGUUGGAUAACUGUUGCAUUUAUUCUGGGAGUACCCUAUUAUGACCCAUUCUGGAGGUGGGUUUACAUCACUAUGAUUUCAUUGGCAGAACCAAGAUCUCCAUAUAUAGAUACAAGGAAUCACUCUAUAAUUAUCUCCAGACUGCAGUUUGUUACUAAUUUCUGCCCUUUGCAUGUGCCACGUACACCCACAUUUCAACGUUGGUUGGGCCAGGUAGAAGAGAUUCACAAAAUUGAGGAACAGGUGUCAGCACUUAAGGAUAGAAUGGAGAAGUACCUCCCAAUUUGGAGGAUGUGGUUACUUUUUUAGUAAUCCAAUAGGAGAGCCCCAUCUUCCCUUUGGCUUCUCGGAUGCAAAAGCUCUCAGUCCUGUAUGCUAUACAGACACAUUUGUUGUGUGCUUCGAGGCUGGCAUUACCUCCCCCCCUCAUAUCCCUCUCCGCUUAUCCCCUACCUUCACCCCUCUUUUCCUCUUCAUGUCCACGUUUGUCUCCCUAACUUUGGGGUCCACACACCAUGGGCAUGACACUUUGAGCAGGCGAUCGAUACUUUGUAUGCCUAACGCUUUAUGGUUUACCUUCAGUGCUUCUUUUGUAUGUUCAAACAUGUUGAGCUUCCCAUCAGUAAUAUGUUUGCAAUGGCACUAAUCAUACAUCCUUUGUCACCAUAUAUGCUACUGUACCUUGGCAAUGUGUGUAUUCUCCAGUUUUUUAAAAAAUCUUUGUACCAAAAAAAAAAAAACUGUUUAAUCAUUACCCUGGUGAUGGCACCAGUGGACUCCUGGCACCAUAUCCAAUUUGGGGAAUUGUAAAUCCACUGCUUAGAAUAGUAGGCAUUUAUGGUAAAAGCUUCCAUUUAAACGCACAGUGAUUUGAGCGCUAUUGGAAUGGAAUGUCCAAACACACAUUUGUGUCAACCACGUGUUGAGUUAAAGUUUAAAAUAUAAUUAAUCACUUGCUUUUCUCUCAUGUCACCAGGUCCCGGUCAUUCUCCUCCUCUCCUUCCCCAUCACCAUCUCCCUCCCCUCAUAAAGCCCCUCCAAAGACAAAAGGGGAGCCGGCUCCUAUUGCCGCUACAGGGUGAGUACAGCCACUGUAAUCACCACUAGUGAUCUAUAUGGUCUUUGAGCUCCGUAAAAGGCCUGUUUGUUUGGGGGCUGUAGUACUCAACCAGAUGAUACAAACUGGAAGAUGGAGUUUAAUGUCAAGCUUGUGAACACUAUUGAGCUCUUUAAAAUGACAGUUGCAGCUUGUGGCCUGUUUAGAGUCUUUGCCUACAUUUUAUUUGUUAUUACAGGACUUUCAUUCUGACAUUGGCAGUCAGACUGCACUAAUGGGAUCUGGAACAAAGUUAAUGGCGGAAUAAUCCAAAGCAUAGAAGUAACGGUGUUAACUGUAAAAAUGAAUAAACAAACCACUUCCAACAGUGUAGACAUGUUGGCAUGUGAUGCGGUUAUCUGUAAUAUUAAACAGGGCACACCAUGCUUCCUAUACUAGAACGUGAAAUGAGGACAUUUACCGGCCUUGGUAUUUUGUGUGUGCCAUGAGUGUGAGCACAAAUUAGCAUCACCGUGAAAGAUUGUACAUAGAUCCAUAGGGGAAGGGGAGCUUUCCUUAUUUGCCCCCAUGUAGACUCUGUAUUUUUCACAUGACUGCUGGCAGUUGAGAUACCAACGUUGCUUCUGGUUCAAUACCUGUAUUCUGGAGUAAUCUGUAUUGGUUAGAGAUGACAGGUCCUAUUUCCUGCUGCUGUUGUCUCUCAUGCAUACUAGUGGUUUCUAAAAUCACUUUUGAUAAUUUAGGGAUAAACAAAUUGUGAAGAAGCCUGCACCAUCCCCAGUACCGACCGCAGCCGUAAAACCGGUGAAGGCUGCUCCAGAUCAACCAAAGCCUGGGGCAGAAAACCGAAUUGGCCGGCCAAAAGAGAUCACUAGGAAAGCUCCGCCGAGGAGGUAAGAGAGCCUCACCCAAAGCAGGAGUCAGUUCAUGCCGUCACUACCACAUCCCUCUGAUCCAACACUUUUCCUUUGUUUGUUUAGGCGGACGAUAAGCGGUAGUAUCAGUGGAAGCGCUAGCAGCUACAGUGGGUCUAGUUCUAGAUCUCAUUCUGGCUCUCGCUCGCUGUCCAGAUCUUCCCGCUCAACUUCUGCCUCUGUUUCUCCAUCUCUGUCUACAGCCCGGAAAUCGAGGUAUGGAAACUGUCUUAAGAAAUGAUCAAAAAUAUUCAGUUAUUCCUUUUCAUGUUUUUAGCAAGUAUGGUGAAUACUUACCAGGGUGGCAAUACAUUCCUUUAAAUUACAACUUUAAUUAUUAUCGAGAAUAAAAUGACAUGUAUGUAUAAUCAGAUUUCAUUCUACAUGUCUAUUAGAUGGCAAACGUGCUCAUCAAUGAAAUACUUGUAAGAGGGCAGCUAUCUGCCAGACCACCACUGCUGUACCACUCUCCCAUACCUUUUUCUGAGUAUCGGUCUGUGACCCUUGGUGGUCUAGUAGUAAUGCAGCAAUGGGAUAGCUCUGUUCCUAGCUACUGGCAAUGAUGCUGCCAGAGCAUAGAUCUCUGCUUAGCAACUACUGGACCACGGCUCACAGACGGUGUUGCAUGUUUGGUAGUUUUGGGUCUAGUUCCUGCUGUACCAACAGCUACUCUUGUAUUGUUCUGCCCAGUGCAGUCUACCUGAUCACUUUGUAGUCUUUACCUUUUGGCUUUUCAAUCUAGAAUGUCCCCAAUGUGUAAAAGCUUAUCAUGUGGGUUUAUUCGUUCCGCUGCUAAUAUUUUCCUUUUUUUUUCUUUUCUUUUUUUUUCUUCUUCCUUGGAAUCGCACUAACUCGCACAGGAAAACAAGGUACAAACAAAAACCCGUAAUUUCCAGCUAAAUGUGUGGGCCCAUUGUGAAAUUCAGAGCAAUCUAGGAAGUAUUAAUUUCUGUAAUCUCUUUCCCUGCUGAUGAAAUAUCAGAUCACAUGAUACACAUUUCUUUUUUUGAAAAGUAUACUGAUCUAGGCAAAAACACCUAAAAGAUAUUUUCAUUUUUUUUUGUUCUUUUUUUCAUGUUUGAUAAGUUUUAUUCAAUUUUGUUGCUCUGGUAUUCUAUGGUGCUUUGUUAUGGCAUGCACAAUACCAUUUUUGCUGUUGAUUUUAACAGUGUCUUGUAUAUAAUAUAAACAGCCCACAAUGAAAUGACUUCAUGUUUACCCACGUUAUACAUAUGUUUCAGGUCCCUAAGUGUCAGCAGCGUUUCCUCCGUAUCAAGCGUCUCGUCUAGCAGUAGCUCUGUACGAAGUGCAGACUCCGAAGACAUGUAUGCUGAUCUCGCUAGCCCAAUAUCAUCUGCCAGUUCCCGAUCUCCAACCCCAGCUCAAACCAAGAAAGAUAAAGGUAGCUUCGAGAUUGUUGGCUCAGAGAAUGCUGGGCUUGAAUCCGGAGAGUCUGUGGACAGGGCUACAGUGGGCGUCAGCAGGAACAGAUUAACUUGGGAGAGGAGGCAUGUUCACUCUAGCACAGAGCCAACAGUCUGAAAUUGGUUAUAGAAGUGCUGAAUUGUUUAUAAAUUGCUAUUAAGACAAGAUGAUCCUCACACACAAAGCUUUCCUUUAAAGGAGACACUGGUGAUGAAAUGCAUAUAAUAGAGAAACUUUGCUAAACAUUAUAUUGUUUAAACUGAAAAUAAUCUAGUAAAAUUCUCUAAUCGGUAGAUACAGAGCUGGGAUAUCUUCAUUUUGCGGCCUGUUUUGGGUUCAGUAUAAAGAAGUGUUUAUUGAAGGAACCGCUUUAUUAUCCUGCAGGCUUCCCUCCUGCACCGUAACACUAAACUAGACGAUUGCAGAGUGACAGAUUAGACUCCUUCAACAGAAACAAACUAUUGUUUAUUCACAAAGCUACAAAUUGUGGAAUAUUGACCAGGGAAGUCCAAACUUUAGGCCAAAAUUGGGAAAAUGCUCCAUCUCUGCUUCCUUGGCAUAAAAUUGGGAGUUUCCUGGUUAAUUCUCUACAAGUCCCAUUUUAGUUCAUUAACCCCAGAAUAUUUAAAUUGAUCUAUUAUUUCCCCCCAUAUUCUGUUUUUGUUCUUCAGCUCCUGUUGAGAAAGUAAAAAAAGAAGAGCAUCGUAUUAAAGAAGACAAACGUGUGCGUGAACCCCCAGCACAGCCCCCUAAAGCCACCCUGGCAAAAGUCUCAAAACCAGUCACAGGGGGUAACAAAACUGCACCGCAGCCCCCUGCUCCGCAACCAGCUGCAAGUGGCUUUAGCGCUCAUAAGGAGAUUAAACUGACUCUGCUGAAUAAGGUGAUGUAAAGAGAUGGCUAUAUGCAGAGAUUACAACUGCAUGCUGUAUAGGUGAUCCAUUAGCAAGGGCUUGUUUAAUAAGUUACUUUAUCACAUUCCUGACAUUCCUUAUCCGUGCAGUACUUACUGUGCUCUCCCAUUGGCUAGAAGGUGAAAGUCCCAUCUCCAUAUUGUACUAUUAACCAGAAUAAAUGGCGUAUUGCUUUGACUCUUCGCCAGGCGUAGCUUCUGUUUUGACAAGCGGAACAGGUGCCUACACUGGAAAUCCCAUUAACACCUUCAUUGCCAACAAACAUUGAUCACUGUACUUUCCAGGGCAGUGACAUACAGUUUGAAUGACAAGGAAGGAUUAAGCCAGGGCCUGUGCCUAUGGAGUAAGCCAUGGCAAACAAAGGCCUUAUGUUUCCAUCUGUCUAGGAGAGUGAUGGUACUAUUGGAAUCCCUUUUGUUUCUGACAUAUAUGACCUUGGCUGACGGAGCAAUACAGAAAAUGUAGCUAAUGUGUGGUGACAACAUUCGCCAUCCCUGGGCUGUGAGCUUAAAUGCAUGAUGUUUCUGACUCACUGUUUUUCUUUAACAUUUCACCCUAAUUCAUUCAUAUUUUUUUUACGGCUUUUGUUUGCAUUAUGUCUUGCAGGGCACUGAUAAAGGGAGCAGAAAAAGGUACGAGCCAUCAGACAAAGAGAGGCAGGGAUCUCCUCCUGCUAAAAAAGCUGCAGUCUCACCAGAUAGAGGUAAUCAAUAUUGAUAUAUAUUAUUUUUUUUAGUGAUUCAGACUAAGUACCAUAACUAUUUUGCGCCAUUGCAGUGGUUGUGGUGCAGAGUAUAUUGUACCCACUCUUAAUGCUGAGAGGCUUCUAAUAGCUGGAGUGAUUUGUUACAGUCGCUGCAGCUAUAGGCCUGGCCCUCUGUCUGACAGUUCAAAGCAGAUUUUACAUCCUUCUUUGCCACGUUAGAGUGAGCACGCACACACGGUGUGAACAAGGAGGGCCGUCUGUCCUCGGUGCAGUGCAUAGUUUGCGACUUCAGAUAUUGCAGCACAACUGUAUAAACCGAUAGAAGCUGCACUGUAUCUGCUUAUUGAGCAAUUGCACUUGAUAGGAUAAGUACAUUUCUGUAAAAAUUAUGCAAUCAGUUUUUACCACAGUUAACACGCACAAAAAACAUAUAUUGCAUUUUCCUCUCCAGAAGGGAAUUCUGGGUAAUAGAUGCUCAUAGAUAGCACGUAACCCCUUAUGUAUCCUUGUUUUUGUGGAACCUAAAUUCAGCGUCAGUCAGUGAUUUUGUUUGCUACUGCUGUAUGUCGGCACUUUCACACGCUUCUGUUGUUGUCGAAUGAAAUUUUCACAGCGGUUGUUUGUGUGGGUUUCUAUUCUAAGACUUGCUUAAAUAUAUGUUGUCUUUAGACACGGAUCUAAAGGGCAUGCUCAGGAUGGGUAUAUAUAGGUUUGUGUGUAUACAUGUUUCCCAAAAUAGGUGUGUGCAUGUGUCAGACUUAAAAUUGUAUAGAAUGAUAAACAUCCAUGUGUUAUUCUUAACACAAUGGAAGGAUUCCCAUAUUAGAAUUAAAUGUAACUGCAAAUUCUCACAUUCUAACAUUUACUGUUUAUUUAGGAUUUUAAAAUAUAAACUCCCGAGUGCAUUGACACAAAGGUAAAUCUAAAGGCGCCAUUCAGAGUUUAGUGAGUAAACCCUUAAAUCUUAAUGUCUACCUUUAAAUAACACUCUGCGAGGCAGCAGUAGCAUUUUUUUUCCCUCAACCAGCUCAAUAAAUUUCAGUCCUGCUUUAAUGAAAAAUUGCUUUUAUAGAAAAUGUUCUUCUUUGGUGUUUAACCAUUUUAUCUCAUUGAAUUGGUUACAGCGCCUGGAGUCCCCUGGCACUGCCCCUCUUUGCACUGUUAAACUAUGUUCAAGCAGUUUAACAUUGAAUGAGGGUCCCUGGCUUCCCAUAGUCCUGCCCCUACUGGAGGUGUGGCUAAGGCAAACGUCCACACUUCCUUCUAGCUGUGUCUAUUCAAAGGAUGACUCUGAUAGGCUGAAAGCGAUUAGCCCACUCUCUCAGCCAAUCACCAGCCAUUGUUGCUCAGGCUAUUGCCUUCUCAUUUACCAUUUAAACAUUAUAAACAGUUUUAUACUGAAUGGAAGGACAAUGACAGGGGUCUCUAGACAUGAUAACCACUUGACAUGAAGCGGUUACAUGCCUUCAGGAUCCCUGUAUACAAUUUAUUUGAAGCAAUGGCUAUUAUACUGGCAUAUUAACAUAUAGCACAUCAGUUUUGUGUAUAGAUUGCUUUGCAGACAAACUGUAAAGAAAUCAAUUUUUUAUUUUUUUUUAUUUUUUUUACAGCCUUUGUAUUAAUAUUUUGGAGAUAAAAGCCUUUAGACAAUACAUAGUGUCCUUUGUCUUCCAAUAUUUCAUGCAGUAGGUGUGACAAAAACAAAGAAUUAAAUAUUGUGAAAAACAUUGCUUAUAGUUAUUUGUGAACACCCUGAAGGCAAUACUAGUCAUGCUACUUGCUGAAAUGGCAACAGAAUGUCUGUGGGAUGCCCAAAAACAGUUAAAUCACUUCUAAAAUAGAAGUAGUUAAAACUGCUAUAGCAAUCUUUAUCAAUAUUUGGAUUGCGAAUGUAAUGCCGACAGUAAAAUGUUAGAGUACAUUCACUCCUCCCUCCCAAGAAGUAAAAAUGAUACGACCCAUUGAAAGUUCCUUUACUGUUUGCAAGCAGGGUGAGCAGACAUUUUCAGCACAGGUGCAGGCAUUAUAUCAGUAUCUAGUGACUUCUGGCAGAGAAAUAUAUGAGGGGGUGUGUAGAUUUUAUGGACUAAAUUGCAUUAUGCAGAAUACAUGAAAGUAAGAACAUGUAUACUCUAUUCUGGUAGAUAAUUGGCUAGUAAAGGUAAAGCCUCAAUUCAAUGGUAAUAGAGUAAUGGCAGCCUCCUACUUAGGCAAACAUUGCUGAAAUCAGUACAGUUCAUAUAGUAUCCAUCUGUCAAUGUAGGUUUACAUUGUGUUCUUAGUUACUUUAGGAUGCUGCUUAUAUUCACAGGGUUUGUACGCAACGGACACUUGUCUAGGUAAACAUGAGAAAUACCUGUAAAAUCAGGUAUGGGCUAGUGCACAAAGUAAACUUAACAUUCAGUAAGGAUAAAUAUGCAUGUAAAAUUAAGCAUGUCAACCAGAUGUAACAAAAAUGUCUUGUUUUGUAAAUAAUACAAUCCCAUGAAAACUUCUUUACUCAUAAUCGCUUUGUCUGACAGCAAUUCGGGAUCGCAAGCAAGCGGGCAGACCGCCCUCACCAAAACCCGACCGCCAGCGUGCACAGAACCCCAAGCCAGCGUCCAGCCAGACUGACCGGUAAGUGACAGUGUUAUGUUACGGCCUGCCAUUAGAUUAGACGCAGGUUGUUAAAUCAAUGCAAACUUUCCUUCUCAUCAAAUACAAACUACAGCUUAGAUUCAUCCCUUUUCCCAGAAUCCAUGUACUUGCCCAGCUGUGGUUGGGAAUAUAGCAUUUGUUGCCACAAUGUAGAUCCUCAGCUGUUUUAGAAUUCCAUUAAGACUGGCAAUGCAUAAUGGGACAUGUAGUUUUAGAGUAGCUUGGGAUCUAACUUGCAGGCUGACCCUGGAAUGCAGAAAACUAAAGCAUUUAAAAACUGUUCAAAUUUGGCACCCACUCUCAAGGAAACAGCAGCCGUUAUGCCAAGUGGCGCUCUGUGUCAUCAUAGUUUUGAUCAAUUGAGACCCUGGGCUAGCGUGCUCAUAUUUUAGCAUUAGCCGCGCUCUGUCGGUACUUCUGAUGAUAACUCAGAAUACAUCCAUUGCUGACAUGGUGUCUUUGUGAAGAUGAUGUAGACUGUCACUACUACUUAAAUCACACACAGAUGCACAUAGAUCUGUUUCCCAAAGAUUUUGGUGUGCUGUAAAUGUUUUAAACCAUAAUUGAACAUAGGGGCAGUUGGCAGCCAAGCAGUGAUGUCAUUUACAGGGGGUCUUUGCAAACUAUGCAGAAGCCAUUCAAAGUGACAAAUUGGCUUUAAUCAGCUGUGCGCUAUCCAUUGUAAAUAGCACAAUAAACUAGUGUUUGAAGUGAUGCUCUAAUGGGGCUGUGUUCAUAAUAACAAAGCAUUAUCAUGGCAUUGUUUCUAAUCAGGGUGGAUAAACUAAUUUGAUUUAAAUCUAUUUAUAUUUUUUAAUUUAAUUUUGGAUUUCUUUAAUAAAAUGCUUUUUGAGGGGAUAAAAACUAACAAUAGUUGUCUAAGAUAGAUUAUAGUCUAAAGGUUAUUCAGCAUGAAAUCGGGCUUAGUUAUGUAGCAUGAGGCUGUAAAUUCAUGCAAUAUUUCCAUUUUUGGUUAUCUACAGCAAUAACGUGCACUUUUUCACAGAAAAUAAUGUUAUGAAAUAAACAUACAAAAUUAUGAAAGACUUUAAUACCAUUGUUUUAAGUUGUUAAAGAGACACUCUAGUCACCAGAACAACUACAUCUUAAUAUAGUUGUUCUGGUGAGUAUAAUAGCUCCCUUCAGGCAUUUUCAGAGAAAAUGCCACUGGAGGUGCUUCCUGGUUCACUGCUGCACAGUAGGCAGCACUGCCGUUCAGCGUCUCCACGCUAUGCAUGAGACGCUGAAUUUUCCUCAUAGAAAUGCAUUGCCCCUUGCUGGUUUUAGCCAGUCCAAUGCUUUCCCCAUGGCAAUACUGAUGUCACCAAGGGGGCAGGGUCAGCACUGGCAGACCUGCGCAGUGCUGGAAAUAAUAAGGUGAGUUAAUUCCUUUUGGGGUGGGGUGCAAACCAACUAAAAGGUGGGUUUUGUAUUAUUGUCUAUGUAUUUCUAAAAGUAUAGAUUUUGUUCUGUACCGUUAGAACUAAUCUGAAAAGUUAUCUAAAUAUUCAGUCUUUGUCUAGUUGCAAACAUAAACGGAUACACCACAUAUACAGCCCUUUUCUAGGAAGCCAUGCCCCAUAUUCACAGUUUACAAUGUUUUCUCAAUCUCUCUUCCACAGGAAACGUCCACUAUCCCCACCACCGACAAAAAGUUCCACAAAAGUCACCAGCAUCCCAGGAAAAGGACCUGAGACAGCAGCGCCACCAGCGUCUGCCAAAGCAAGCAAAUCAAGCACGCUAUCCCGCAGAGAGGAGCUCCUCAAACAGCUCAAAGCGGUGGAAGAUGCCAUCGCACGCAAGAGAGCCAAAAUUCCUGGCAAAGUAUAG